GAGAGGGGAGGGGGGCGCGGCGGGAGCGGCGCAGGCAGCUGGGCUGGCCGGGUAGAGAAAGGGAGGGAGUUGGUGGGACGGAGCGGGGAGUGGUGGCGCGGGGGGAGAAGCUGAGAGAGAGGAGGAGGAUUUAAAGGAGCCAUGUCCCCGGCGCGGCGGCCUCGGCUGCUGCUGCUGAAGAGGCCGGAGCCGGGUGGAGGGCAGAAGAGGAGGGUGCAGCGGGGCUGCCGAGGGGGAACGAGAAAGCCCUGAGCACCCAGCGCGGGGCGGCGGCGGCGGCGGCGGCAGCACUGGGCGCAAGAUGGUGAGUGCGCCCCGGCGAGGCUGGGAAAGGAGGACCUGACCGGAGGGGAUGAAGCCAGGAGGGGACGAGGAGGCGGUGCCUAGGAGGAGGGCAAGUGACAGGGAAGGAGGGAGGAGGAGGAGGAGGGAAGGAGCGCCCGUGAAUGAGCCUUGCUGUCAGGGAGGUAAGUGACAGGUAGGCCACGAGCCGGGCGGGAGCUCCGGCUGCUCUUCCCCCCUGGAGCGGAGAGGAGUGGGGAGGUCAAGUGGUGGGGAGUCUGAAUGGGGCAGGUGGAAGGUGGCAGGUGCCCGGUCUCAAGGAGGCUGGGGCGGCGAGGCACACCCGAGGGGGUUGCAGGUGACUGGGGGGAGGCGCCCGGGAAGGCGGACAGGUGCCGGGGAAGGGGGAAGGUGUCCGUCGAAGGACUUCCGAGCGGCAGGCGGGUCACAGGUGUGCGUGGAGUGAUGGGCAUCCGGACCUGGCAUCAGGUGAUGAGACUGAGCGGGAUGCUCAUGAAGGGACACACACCCUCUGCGUGGGUGAGUGGGGUGGUGGUGCUUAGGGUGGGGGCAUGAAUGAUUCCCGAGGUUCUUCAGCAAGCCGGUAAGUCAGUGUUUCCUCUGGGAGGAGAGCAAACGAGCCUCGAGGUGGGUGGGACAAGAGAGGACACCUGCCUUUUGCUUGACCCAAAGAUCCAAGAGUUUGGGGGCUUUAUUGUAAAGAAGCCACAGUCUUCUCCUUGGCACAGUUCCUCUGUGUUGUCAUGUGCUGUUACAUGAAGUUAUACUUGUGAGAAAUGGAUGAGCUCGAACUAGUGCAAUACACGGAACUGCUGCACCCAUUAGGAUGAGGACUCACAGACAUCGCUUGUCUUUGAUAGGUCUACUUUGUGUCAGAUUUCUGCCUCUUCUCCCCCUCUUUAAGUUGCUGUACUUGAUUACCUGAGAGAGUGAGCCCCAUUGCACUCUGUGGGACUUGCAACACAAUCCUAUACAUGUCUACUAAGAAGUAAGUUUCCUAUCCAUUUAUAGUGGCAAUUUAUUUGGUGCGUGCUCUCACUUGGGCAAUUUGCCAAAGGUUUGCUGCUGCAGCAAAUCAAAGAAUCGGUUAGGACAGUGCUUAAGACUAUUAUCCUAAACCUACUUACUUGGAAGAAUGACCAAUAGAAAUUAUUGUGACUGUGCUGAGUAAGCAUUGUUUCUAUCAGGUUGUGAAAUAUGAAGCCUUGGACAAUAUUGGUGCACUUUAAAAUGUUUUGAAGUUAAUAUGGGGUGAGGCAUUUUCUGCUUAAAUUAUUAUAUUGUGUUUAUCUUUACCAUACCCAGAUGUCUUCCUGUGUUAAGUGGUUAUGUCAUUUGCAGACCUUAGUUUCUGUAUUUUCAGCUGGCACUGUCCAUUGGAAAGGAAGUAGUGGGAUGCUGAAGGUGAAAUAGAACAGGUAGUGCCAGAACUGUUGAGAGUACUUGGAUGCAUCUUAACCUGUGUACAGUGAGAGUGAAAGGCAUGCUUAGUGACGGAGAUAGGAGAACUGCAUAGUGAAUAUUUUUUCAGGGAGGUAGUAUGUAUUGUUGAUUUUUGGCACCAUUGGUGUUGGGAUUUGGAGUGAGAACAAAUGUAUACCUCCCUUAAUUACAUGCAAAAAGCAGUAAAAUGAGACUUAAUAAUCUGCAGCAAAGGAUUGCUUUACUGAACAUGGCCAGAAGAAAGGUUCAGUGCUGCCUGUUGGAAUUUGGAAAAGUUAUAACAUUCAGGAUGAACUAUUUGAACCUUAAAAUAUAUAGUCCACCACAUUACAUGCAUUUGCCUAUGUAGUUUUAGAUGAGUUUCAGGGAUAUGGCCAUGUUAAUUUGUAGCAGCAAAAUCUAUGAAUAAUCUUGUGGCAAUUUAAAAGACUAACAUCUAUUAUAGCAUAAGCUUUUGUGGACUAGUCCACUUCAUCUGACCAGUCUCUGAUGAAUAUUCAUUGCCAUUGAUUAGUUCAGUUAACCAAUUAAUACUUGUAGCUGUGAUAGCUGAAGUCAGUAGAACAUGAAACUCUUCAUCUCAGCGUCAGAGGUUUGAGUCUCACAUUGGACAAAAGAUUCCUGCAUUGCAGGGGGUUGGACUAGAUGAUCCUCAUGAUCCCUUCCAAUUCUACAAUUCUGUGAUUCUAUGAUACCCAUAUAAUGCUCAGCUAAAAGACACAGUGACCUGGUUUACAUGUCACACUAAGCCAAACCAUGACUUAAUGUGAUCAUGUAGGUGUGUCGGCUUCCAGAGAAGAUGUGACUGCCUUGCUGCUCUUCCAGUCUUCCUGCUGCUAUGUUGAGCUAAGCCAUGGUUUAGCUUAGUGUGAUGUGCGAGUCAGGCCAGUGUAUGAGGACUGCUGUAAUCCUAAAGGAAUGAAAACUCUUAAAAAGAACUAAAACAGGCAUUUAUAGGGCAUCCUAUAUGUAAAGGUUUGUCAGUGGUACCUUUUUAAUUACUCCCAACAGACUGAUAGUGAAGAGUGACUCCAAGUCUCCCUUACUGCAGGCAUGUAACUGUUUGCCUUUCUAGAAGUUACAGAUUUAGGUCAAAUAAGAGAUGAAAAGUCCAGCUAGGGCUUAGGGUUUACUAAAGCUAUCAGAUUCCUUUGCUCUGCUCCUAGCUUUCAUGUUUCUUAUAGAGACGCAGGCAGGAAAACAAGUAAGCUGUUGGGAGUCUUUUAGGAAUAAUGUGAGAUGAGGUGAGUGGUAACUGGAGAGAAGUCUCUCCUGGUUGGGGAAGGCCCUCCACUUAUGGAGUUCUCUGCCAAAGAGGUUUGUCUAGUAUGUAUAUUGUUAUUUCUGUUGGAUAGUUUUGACACUAAUUCUUUUUAGUAUAUGGUUAUUUUUAUUGUUAUAAAAUUACUUGUGGGGGGAAUAAACUGAAAGCAGUACUGUAUAGAAAUAUUAAAAGAUAAGUAAAUUGGUGGGGACAGGUAGAAACAGAGUUUACUAUUUGAUUGCACACCCUGGAGAGUUGCUCUUUGCCUCUCGUGGGUGGCAGAUGGCUUGACUGGUGAUGGAAAACGGGGCUUCUUUUGCCUGCUAGUAUUCCCUAGGCCUCUAACAGUUGCUUAUUGGUUCCUCCAUGAUGUGUUACUGCAGAAAUGUAUGUAAUGGGAAGACCUGCUAAGUAAUAGUUGGAGGCUCAUAUGUAUGCAUGCAUUUGGCACUGUGGAAUUAACUUCUUUUAAAAGGCUUGUUUUUAUAAAAUUUAGAACUCAGUCUGCUUGCAUGUUCAGGCAGUUGUUAAUUAGCUAUGCCUUGUGUAUUUGAAGGCUUGUGAUUGCAGCUGAAUGACUGAAUGCAUGGUUUUUUCAUUGUGACCAAGUUAUUAAAACGCUUCAUAACAUUUUACUGUAAUAGUAGCUCUGUUAAAUGGUUUAUGAUGAAGAUGGAAACCACAGGAGGGGAGGAUGCUUUUGUGCUUGAAUCCUGCUUGUGAGUUUCCCACAGGCAUCCAGUUGGCCACUGUAAGAAUAGGAUGCUGUACUAGGUGGGCCCAUUGGCCUGAUUCAGCAGACUCUGCUUAUGUUUUGAAGAUGAAUUUCUGAGCUGAAAUGCAGCAAGGUAUAGAACAAUAUAGGCAGGUUAUUUAGCCUCUUCAGAAAAAUAAUAUAUGUGGAAGGGUUUCUGUGAACAUGGCCCUAUGUAUGGUGCCAGAGAAAGAGAGCCCAAACAGCACUUCUUUGUGUAAAUUAUCAUAGUUUCGGAGGGUAGAGACCACAGCUCCUGAAAAGAUUCUUAGAUUCUUUGAAAACUCUUCUUGGAUCUGUUAAUAGUCUCUCUCUGCUCACCUUGCCUAAGCCACAAUGGGGAAAUUCAGAUUGUAACUUCUCUGGGGUUGAGGAAUGUCUCCCCAGAGUAAUGUCUGUAAAGAAACUUGUACAUGGAUAGUGUUACUUAAAUAAUUUUCUUAAAUUCUUCAUCAGAUUGAUUUUUCUCUUUCAAGUUGCAUUGCUUCUAUAUACUGUACCAACAAAGUAUCUUAUCAGCAAAUUAAACUGUCUAGAGGUCACUUGUGACAGAAAGUGGUACAUAAAGGCAUUCAACAAGACAUGACAACUGUGGUCUGCUAACCAGGAAGUUUUACACACAAACACACACACACACAAAGUUUGGGCACUAGAAACAGAAAUAUCAUUCCUAGGCUGCAAUCUUGUGCACUCUAACUUGAGGAAAAAUAUAACGGUAAACUUACAUGCUAUUGCAGUUUAGUUUCAUUUUAGUGGUUUUGAUAAUUGUACUGCUCCAGCACGUUUUGGUGGAUCCAGACUAUAAUAAUCUUAAAAUUGUGAACUUGUACUACUGUGUGAAACCUUUCUGUGGAACUAAUCCCAUUCUUUUUCAUUUUUUGUGUCUGUGUUUUUCUACAGUAUCUGUGGCAAAUGAUGAAGUUUCUGUAUUAUAUUUUGAGUGCCUGAACUGUGCUUUUAAUAACUGCCACUUUGGAAAAAUUAAUUACUCAGUAACUGCCAAAAUAAUUUCCUCCUUGAGUAAUUUGCUCUGCUUUCUCCUGGCAAAGGUGCACAACAGAAGGAAUUCUGGCAGUGCAUCAGUCUACCUUGGCCAGUAUUUUCUGUGCAAUGAUAGUUGUCAGAGGUAGCUUGUUAGUGGCAUGGCCUGUUUAGUUCUUCAGCCUCAAAACCAGAAGUGCCUAAUAGGGCAGGCAGUUUGAGAACCAAAUUGCCUCUCAUGAUUAUGAUGAUGAUGCCGGGCAAAGUAUUUAUGUAUAUAGACCUAAUGUUGCUGCUCUUCUUCUGUAGCAUCUUUGUGAACUAAUAUUGGAUUUACAAGGUCACUCCUGGCACAUGCCACAGUGUGACAGAUUGGAAAGACAUGUUUCAGGGUGAUUAUUGUGGCUCGUCUGGUGAAUGUGUCAUCCAGGAACAGCCUGUAUGGAAGAAAGGUGUAACAAGUUUGUCACCUUGAGGAAAAAGACUUGCUAAGCUGUUGUCUCCUGUAUUUUAUCUUGCACCUCUCAUGCACCAGCCACAUGUGUUUACUUAGAUUGCCAUAGCCUCACUUAUCACCACUUUUGGGCAUCUAUCUCCUCCUAGUGGUAACUACAUUUGUUGCUCUGUUGCUUGCACUGGUUUGUGCACACUCUUCAGUGCUCACUGCUAAGUUACAGCACUUCUUGGGGUUCCAAAUGGACAUUCUGCAUCUUGGCUCUAGAUUCUAGCUAGUACAGUAGAAAGAGAACAAAUCUGAGCUCUAUAGAAGUAGCCAGUAAUAUAAUAACAUGAUGCCUGUGGACCAGGCAACAUGUAAGGGCCUCUUAUGUCUGCUCUGCUAAAAUAUUCUUAAAUGAAGGUAGAUCUCUGACUGAUGAAUUCGUUUUGUUUUGUAAUUACUUAGUUCUUUCUGAUUUGGGGUUUAAGCUUUUGAAGCAUACUGUGGUCACUUCUUUUCUGUUGCUAACUUUCUGGCUUGAAUUUUAACAUAAAGUUCUUUCACAGUUUGAUUAAGUGUAUUUUUUUUGGGGGGGGACCCUCUCUAAGUAUUGGGAAGCCUGAGAGAAAAAAGUCUGUAUAGAAUUCUUAGCGGCCACUGUAUGUACAUGUAUGUGAAAACCAAUGUCUACUUAGAAAUACAAAUCCCAUUUCAAAGGAGCUUGCUCCUAGAUAAGUGAGUAUAGGCUUUCAGCCUGAGGCCCAUUUACCUCUAAGUAAGCCGCGACGGGGUGAGCUCCCGUUGUUCGGUCCCAGCUCCUGCCAACCUAGCAGUUUGAAAGCACGCAGUGCAAGUAGAUAAAUAGGUACCGCUCCGGCGGGAAGGUAAACGGCGUUUCAGUGCGCUGCUCUGGUUCGCCAGAAGCGGCUUAGUCAUGCUGGCCACAUGACCCGGAAGCUGUACGCCAGCUCCCUUGGCCAAUAAAGCGAGAUGAGUGCUGCAACCCCAGAGUUGUCUGUGACUGGACCUAACGGUCAGGGGUCCCUUUACCUUUAGCUUUAAGUUUCAGUGAACCCGAUGGCUUGAAUAUGGAGGAGUUCCCUUCUGCUGGUAGGAUCAUCCUGUGAUUAGGGUUCUGCUCAUGAGACUCUCUUGCAGGUGGAUGAGAGGUAAACUUUGCUGAUUUCCCUCUGAACCCUUCACUGAAGGGUUGGGGAACUACCUGAACGAAAAGGAGAGGGGUUGCUGGGGGAGUGGGAAAGAUACAGACAGACCGACAGACCAACUUCAUACUGCCAGCAGAUUCCAUCCUGAAUCAAAAGCCUUCUGUGCAUGGAAGGGACACUUAGGAAUUUGAGCUGAUGGGUCCCAUAUAAACAUGAAAUGGACUGGGCUGUUAACAGUAGAUUCCCAAAUACUGUGAUUCAUUGGCAUUGUCUUGUUUGUUAUGUGUCCUUUACCUGAGGAUUGUGUGUAUGUGGUAAUAUAUUUCAUAUUAAUUGCUGAGGAAAGUUGUGAGGUAAUCCGGAGUGCAAAAUAAUGAUUUUGAAAUUAAAGUUUUAUAGAGAGCAAGUUGUAUGUUCAUGGCAUGUGUUCUCCCCAGUCAGUUUUAAUGUAGAAUGACAUUGGAACUGAUAAAUUUGGACAAAAAUAUUUUGUGUCUCACUGGUAGCUAGUUUAACUGGUCAGGGUGUGGGGUAGUUGAAGAGAUAAUAGGACUCGUAAGAGGGGCCCAGUGACAAGAGCAUGUAGUGGAUGUGCGUGAGAGAUAAUAUAUACACAGCCGGUUCUAGAAGAAAGGUGAUUUCUGUGCUGAGAAUUAAUUGGGAUCUCUGAAACAAAUAGGGGUUCUUGUUAAUAAAUAUAUAAAUAUAUUUAAACUAAUAGGACAUGUGCAAAAUACAUUAAUGAGUUCUGUAUUUCUUGCUGUGUAUGAAAUUGGUUUCAGCAUAUUAUUUUGUUCAAUGUGACAGUGCCAGUUUGAAGGAAUUGCCUGAACCCACAAUGAACUCCAUUAUGUCUUGCUUUAAAAUUUGUUUUAUGAGGGUUUAGCUCAGUUCUGUAGGCCUGAAACUAGAAACAGCAGUGUUGAUAAGAAAUGGCAUAGUAGCUAGCUGGAAAACAGAAGAUUUCACAUAAUUCGAUAACAAACAGUGUAAAUCUUAUGUGUAGGCAUAGUCAUUAUGAGUAUACGGAGGAAGGUAAAAGAAAAUUCCCAAGAGCACAUCCCUUGAAUUAUGAUAUCCCAAAGGUGAAUUGCAUCAAUAUGCUGUGAAUGCUGUUUAGGGAAGCUUUUAAUGUUUGAUGAAUUACUGUAUUUUAAUAUUUUGUUGGAAGCCGCCCAGAGUGGCUGGGCAAGAUGGGCGGGAUAUAAAUAACAAAUUAUUAUUAUUAUUAUUAUUAUUAUUAUUUUAUUUAUUUAUAUUUCUGUUGAAGCUGAUCUGAGUUGGCUUCAUUGUUGCAGACCAGCCCACAAUUCAGCAGAUUCCUCUCUUUCCCAUCACCCCAUGAUGUUAAUGGCUUUUGCUUAUUUAUGUGGAAUGCUUUGCCCUUGCAUCUCAUUACAGCUGUUGAACUGUGGAUCCUAUCAGGUGUCGUGUAAGGCAGUGUUCUCUAAAGUGAGGUCCCCAGAUGCUGUUGGACUACAACUCCCGUCAGGGUUGGUGGGAGUUGUAGUCCAACAGCCAAGAUAAAAGAAAACUGUUGUAAGGGAAGUAGGGUAUCCCUGCGGACCUGGUGAACAUAAAUGUCAUACAGUUACCCUUCCUUGUUUUCACUUGCACUCAAUGCAACCAUUCUCCUCUGAGGGGAUGAUGUGAUUUGUGAGCAUAGAUUGCAGAGGUACAAUUUAAUGCUUGUGCUGCAGCGCUAUUAGUGCCUCAAGUUCCCAUUCAGAAACAUCUUGGCAAUGGCUAAAAUGUGGUUAAGACACAUUUUUCAUUAAGUAUGUGGAGAAGUCUAUAGAGCUCAUUCCGCUGUUAUUUUAUAGUGAAGGUAUGGACCUACUCUUAAAUCCCAAACUAGAUAAUUCAUUGUGGACAAUCUUCCUGGCAAGUUCCAGAGGGAUAGUCAUGCUAGUCAGUUGUAGGGGGGGAAACCCCCUAUGACUCUUUGAUUGUGAUAAAAAGAACAUUUAGGGAUCAGCUGGAUCAAGCCAAAGGACCACCUAGUCCAGCACUCUGGCCAAACCCAGGGGCCUAUUCUGGGAAGUUUAGACUCGGGAUCUGAGCGCAGUAACACUCUCCCCACUGGUGGUUCACAACAAGUGACAUUCAAAGCAUACUGCCUCUUGGCAGUGGAGGUAGAACAUGGCAGUUAUGGCUAAUAGUUGCCAAAUAAAGAGAAAGCCCAAAGCAUGAUAUAAUACCACUUAGAAGUGGUGUGAGAAACCUGUAGGCUUCCACAUGAUGUUCAGGCACCAUCACGGCUAGUGGUCAGAAAUGAGGAGACCUGUAGACAAACCACAUUUAGAGGCCCACAAGUUUGCAAUCCCUCACAAAGGUUAUAGUGGCUUCAAGGCUGCUGAGUCAGGGACUGAACUGGCACUGCAGGACUGAUUCAGACUUGUUACUGGGUUAUGGCCAGACCUGCCAGCCUUCCUGUCCAAUCUGAGCAUGCUACAACCUACUACUACCUGUUUCACAUGCUGCAGGUUGGCCACCCUCUGUCCUACAGUGAAGUUGAGGUUAAGAUGUUUUUCAUUUUUCAUAUUUUUCAUUUUCUUGUAGCAUGCUAGUCUGUUGAAAUAGGAAUUGCUGUGCUCCGCUCUAGAAAUGUGAGCUGUCCUUAGGCCUUAGCUACAAUUUUUCAAGCAUUUGUUAUAUAAAUUCAGAAGCUGUUGAGUGUACUGCAUCUUAACCAAAAUGUCUGAAAAGGGCUUGUGUGAAAUUCAGUCUUUUGAACAUUUUGUCACUUUUUUAUUAUAGGUUGUCUGGCAGUAAUUGAUGCAAAUCCACCCAAAGCCUUGAUGUUUGGUUUGUCAAAUUGACACGGUGAAAUCCACAAGGAAUGGAGAAAGCUAUUCCCACUACUUUAUCAGAACAGCAGAAAGAGCACAAGGAUGAUGGAGAAAAUACUGCGCCAAUGUCCCUGGUGUCAAAAAAAGAGGAUUUUGCUGCCCUUGAGUGCCCUCAAGGUGAAGAAAGAAUAACUGCCUUUAUUAAAGAUGCAAAAACAUCUCUGGAAAGUGUGGCUUUGGUGGGGGCGUCAAAGGAAGGGGGGAUUGUUCUCAAGAAGACUGUCCCUGGUUCUUCAGAGAAACUAGAAGCAACGAGUAGAGAGGGGAAAGUGACGGAUGAGAUGUGUAACCGUAAAGAGGAGCCCAGCUUUUUGACACCAUUUACUCAUCAACAGCCAGAUGCUGCUUUGGAAGCCUGUAAAGUGACUGGUAAGUCCAGUGCAUUGCAAUGACAGGCACUUUCUUAAAAAAACAAAGCAAAACAACUUUUACAGGUUUGUUUCUUUCAAAGUAGAUAAAAGGUAGAGGCCAGGCAGGCCUCUGAGAUGAAAGUGAAGAAAUAUCAGCCUAGAGAAUUGUCUGAAGCCACUGCGAGAUGGUUUUGUUCCUGUGACUAAUUGCAUCCAAGUAGAAGACUGUGCACUUCCUUCAGUGCAAUGUGUGAAGUGGCCUGUAAUAUGUUUGCUUGUGACAUAUAGGAAGAGGAUCAAAAUGGAUCUCAAGAGUUCAGCAGUCUAGUUGUAACUUGUGAGUUCAGCACCACAGACAGGGGUCUGAAUUUAAGUGGUGCAUGGUAGAAAGCCCUAGCCCAUUAACUGUUUUAUGCAGACUAAUACUCUGAAGUAUUUAUAUCAUAGGUUUGUCAAGCCCUAAUAGUAUCCUUUGACUUCAUAUGCCAACUGUGCAAGUAAAAAUGGCUGUUUUGCUGUUUAGCCGUUUGGGCAUGCAUGUUUUAACUGAUAGUCCUCUUUAUGCCUAUUUAAGGUAAUAGCCUGUAGCACAGUGCGGUGGUACAUUCCAAGGAAAACUGUGAAAGACAAAUGUUUAAAAGAAGUACAUACAACAGAAAUUGUCCUUAUCCCAUGAAUGUAAUUGAGACUAUGAGAAGGCUGCAACAGGUGCAAUGCUUCCUGCUCCUCCUGAGCUUUGCCACUUUCCCCUCUGCUACAAAUGGCUGAUUUGCCAUUUUCCUCUGCUUUUGUUUGUGUUGUUCUUUGUCUAUGAGACACGUGCACAACAUAGGAAUAUGCUGAGGUGACAUCGGACACUUCUGUAGUUCCACAGGAAUGCAGGCGAAUCUGCGCUCAUUCUGACUGCAGAGUUCAUUUUCUAAAAGAACUUAGACAUUGGAAGCACUUACUUACGAAGAACAAACAUACUGUACAGUAAGUAAACGUGACUCUGUAAACACAGCAUUUCCCCCCAGAGAGUGCCAUGAAUUGCUGUUGUGACCACAGUGCGGAAUGUGUCAGAGGCAUUCACUGAAUGUUGUUACUGAUGAGCAGCAUAACGCCUUGACAUCCACUGCGCCUGCUGUUUUGUGAAUCAUUGAGUUCGUUGGAGGCUGGGUACCCAUCUGUACGUUUGAAGUGCUUAAAAGAAAAUGAAAACUCUGCUCAAAUGUUCCUUGUAUUGUAUGCCAAGGAAAGCUGAAUCCUACAACUUGUAUGAAAUUCACAAAUGGUGGUGUUGGCUUCUUCCUGGUUACCUAGCUUGUUUUGUUUCUGUUAGUCAUGAAGGAGGACAGAGAAAUAUGUAUAGCAUGAAACAACAGCCUUACCUCAGCACUGUAUCUAUUUUAUUUUAUUUGCCUGUGCUGUGGUUUGCUCUUGGGGUGGAUUUUUUUUUUGGGGGGGUGCGGUCAGUCCUGUGGGUUAGGAGUGGGUCACCCCUGCACAAGAAAUUCUGUUUUUGACACUUCAUGUUUAUAUCAUCUUCUUGGGCUAUACAGCAGUUUUAACUAGCUUGGACAUGGCUGAUGCUGUGACCUGCUCUUUUCUCAACAACAUACAGUGGUACCUCCGGUUAAGUACUUAAUUCGUUCCAGAGGUCCGUUCUUAACCUGAAACUGUUCUUAACCUGAAGCACAACUUUAGCUAAUGGGGCCGCCGCGCUGCCAGAGCACGAUUUCUGUUCUUACCCUGAAGCAAAGUUCUUAACCCAAGGUACUAUUUCUGGGUUAGCGGAGUCUGUAACCUGAAGCGUAUGUAACCUGAAGCGUAUGUAACCCGAGGUACCACUGUACUGUGUUGCACCACUGGCAUUUGUUUGUUAGGAGAUUGCCAUGUUCAUAGUUCCUUUCAGGAAUAAAUAUUGUCAAGGUCCCGAUGAUAGGCAGUACUGCCAUCAGUGGUGGAGUGGUAAAUGAUGAAGUGCAUUCCUUUCACGACAAUCCCUGUAACCAAUGCUGACAUCAAUUCCAAGCUAGCUUUUUAUUCAUAACCACCCUCUAGACUUAUGACAAUUUCUGCUGGACUCGGAAGGUUCCUUGUUAUUUUAUGACCUACCAGUUGGCCAUAAUAAAGGGAUUUCAGAAUUUUCCAAAAUAAACAUGGCAGUUUAACCCUUAGAUGUUUGUGCUAAUACAGUGGUGCCACUACCGAGAAGGCCCUCUGCCUGGUUCCCUGUAGCUUUGCUUCUCGCAAUGAGGGAACCGCCAGAAGGCCCUCGGCGCUGGACCUCAGCAUCCAGGCAGAAGGAAGGGGGUAGAGACGCUCCUUCAGGCAAGAGCCCACUGCGCUCAAGACACUGCGCCACUGCCGUCUAGUGCACCACGCAUGCCUCAGAGAAGCAGUUCCCGGACAGGGCAGCCAUGCACGGCCAAACAAGGGAGGCAGCGGGCAGUGCCAACAGCAGCGGCACCAUGGGCAACUGGAGCCUUCCCUGUGUGCCCUGCAAAGAAACCCCAGGAAAAAAACCAAAAAAUUUGCCACAGACGCCAUUUUGGGUGUCCGAUUUCUGAGCAUGUCCUGAAUUUUCCGGAUGUAUGGCAAGCCUAUUUAUUUUCCUCUUUUCUUUCCAGUGAUGGGCCUGGUCAUUUUGUCCCCUAUUCUCUCAAUGUCUUUAUUACCACUACCUCUGGAUGAAGUAAUUCUGUAGAACUGUAGCCUGCUUUCAGUAGGAGUUUCUAAGCUUUUGUUGAGAGGGUGUAGAAAAACCUGAUCUUUUUGUCUCACUAGUAUAUUAAAACCAGCAAAUAUUUUGGGAACUGAGUAGCUUCUCUGGCAAAAUGCCUUGCCCCUAAAUAUGGGUUUCUAUUGGUAAUUAAAAUUAAUAAAUUUACAAGAAUAUGCAUCUAUAUAAUAUGAUUGUAGUCUCUGUUUCUUGAACGAAGCACUCAGAAAGGUCAGUGGGUGGUGCAUUGAUUCUCAAAAUUUAGAAACUCUUAAAAAUGGCUAUAUAAUUUCCCGAGCAAUACUGUGGCUCUGAAGUCUUUACACAAGCAAUCAAUUUAGCUAGGAAUUUUCCAGAUAAAAUAACUCACAUGUCCUCCCUUGGGCUGUAUGCAUCAUGUAAACAUUUAGAAAAACACAUCACAAGCCUGGCUGUUGUGUUGGGGACAGGAAAUGUAGUGAUUUUGAAAAUCCUAAUCCUACGCUUUUCUGGACGGUUACAUUCAACAGGACAGAGCAGUCACUCAUCCCCCUCCUCAUUUAAGCUUGUUUCUCGCUGAAGCUCUCAUUUAACUAAGACGGGCAUACUCUAACUUUGACACAACUAGCUAUUAUCCGGUCACUGGAGUGAGCCUCUGCCCCAGCCCCACCAUAGCACAGACCUCACUCUCUUCUCAGUCUCCACAUCAACCAGUCCUGCCUCUGCGAUUUCCACUUCUGCCAGAAAACUUGCAAAAUUGCUGACCUGGAUCUGGCUCCACUUGCAAGAUCGGGUGGGAGAUGAAGAAGGCCAGUGGGGAAAAGAGGUGUCUGCAUCUGAACAGCAUUCACCACUCAUCUCCCAAGUAAAAGUGUUUCUGCCUGUGCCAGUGCUCCAACCACGGCCACAUCUUCCUGUCUCUGCCCCAUGCUUACAAACAUAGAGCAACGGCUAAUCAAGGGACAAAGUGGCAUCACAUGCCACUUGCAAGGAAGGAAAGAGAGCACUCCGUAGUUGCCUAGGCAGUGUAUUACAAAUCCCAAGUGGCCUCAUGAAAACUAAUCUACAUCUCAGAAAGGAAUCUUGCACAUGCAUUAGUUAUAAGAAAAUUUAGGACUUUGAGAGGGGGAACAUAGUAAUUUCCAAAUGACUUUCAUAAUUAUCGGCCAGUUUCCAGCUUAGGUCUCCGUCUGUUUCAAACUGUGGUUUGCAAAAAAUGAAAAUCUGGCCUCUUUAAGAGGCAUACAGAUAGUUGGUAUCUGAUGCCAAGUCAACGCGGGUAUUUUUUUAUAAGGGGGCGGGCAGUAUUGUGAUGCUGCAGCAGCACAGAAAGAUAGGGUUUUUACACUGAACACACAAGCUAGCAUAUUGCAUAUUCAUGUUGUCAUUUAUUUCCUUUCAUGCAAGUUUCUAGCCCUUAAGACUGCAAAGAUAGGCUCGAAAAUGUGUGUGAACAAUGUCUGAAAUUUCUGGAGCCAGAGAGAGAUUAAACAGCACUUCCUGUGGACACAGAAUGACUCUGCUAUAUAUAGCUUCAUGUCUCUCACCAGAUAUACCAGUGUCAGAAUAAAACCCAAAGCAAGAAAAUAAAUACAAAUUUGUUCAGUUUGCAUAGGCUGGGAUCCAAAGAACUGCUUUAGGGAUGUGCCCAGUGGCAUUUUUGUUUCCCUAUCUCUUCUUUGAACAGCAGGCAUCCAUGCCAUACCACAAACUCUGGUAAUUAAGCAGUAUAUAAAUACAUAUUUUUUAAAAAAAUUAUUGAAAGCCCCUUCAUCUUCAGAAGGAAUUUGUUAUGAUGUCAUUGAUAACAAAAUGCCAGCCCAUAUUUGUCCCCACCCAUGUAAUCCGGAUUUACCCUUUCUGAAUAAAUCCAACAUUUAUUUAUUUUUAAAUAUUGCCAAUAAUCAAUUUGUGAUGUUCCAUGACCCAUUUACAAUAUUAAGCCCUUGUCUGGAAGCACCAUUAUGAAGUUCCCUUAUGCCAGUUUAGGCAGGCUGGAGAUUUCUACUGCAUAGCUGUAGUCAAUGAGAGUUUGUAAUUAAGAGGUUGCUUUAUAAAGAUGGCAGACAAUAUUCAUCCUUAGACUAGCCUUAUAACUAGCUUGAAAAUGUGGUCAGCUUCUGUUUAAUUGACUCAGAAACUAUAGUUGUAGCUGUGGUUCUUGUCUAUCCCCAUAUUCUUUAAAAUGAAAUCUCAUCCUAUCUAUUGUGGUUGGUGCCAUAUGCAUUUAUUGGCAAGCCACUUUGUGAAGGCAUUUCGCCUUCAAAGAGCAGGAUGCAAAUACCAAAAUAAAAUGAUUUCCCCCUUCCUGGUGUAGCAUCACUACCUACCAUAAUUUUUAGUUGUGUUUAAACCCCAAAAUAUUGUCAGCAAUAAUGGACUUGUGCUUGAUUUACUUGACUUAUCCUGACUGCAAUAUCCGUGUUCUGUUUACUGUAGAAUUUGAUAUCCUCUGACCACCUCCACCCUAGGUUGAUUGAGAGUAAAGAUUUUGGCUCAGCUUUACCUUUCUAUAGACUCAAAUGGUCAUUCAGUUGAGUGACUACCUCUGCUCCAGUUAAUUUCAGACAAAUACUUGGAAAGUACAAGAUGCCGUGAGAUGGCUCACUCCAAGCUCAUUUUGUAAAAGCUUUGGGAGUCAUCUAAAACAGUUGUUAUUAUGUUGGCAGACAAAUGUGAACAAUACUGAUCCAGGGUUUGAUUGCACAUUUUUCCCAAAUAACAUAGGAAAUGACUUGUAGAAACUGGUGGCAAAUCUGCUCCUCCACAACACAAUCUCAGUGGGAGUAGGUGAAAGUAGAAGAGUCUCAGUUGCCAUCUGAUGGUGAGGGAGGUAUUCAGGUUAGCUUGCUGAAGUGAAAAGAGUGGUCUUAUAAUAUGUGUUCUGCUGCCUGAAAGAACUUUUUUUGCUUUUAUCCUGAUGUCACACUGAGUCUGCUUCAGAUCUGCCAGCCUCUUAAAGACUCUGACUGUCAGCGCACAAAGGUCUCUUUCAUAAACUCACAGUUCUUUCUUCUGAGCGGCUGUAUCUGUAGCUUCCUUCUGUGAGGAACUUGCCAUUAUGUUUCUGAGUUUGUUAUGCUUAAGUUUUAAAUCUGACAAAGGAUGUGCUCUUUGACUGUGGAGCAGCAGGAAAUGGAGAGAGCUCUGGAUGCCAAAAAUCACCAAAAUGUUCACUUGAAGUUGGUGACCAAUGAAUGUUGAAGCAAGCAUUGUCAGGGGUCCAGAAUGUGAAGCAACUGCCCCCUAACAUUUAGGCCACAUUUUCAGAUCCAUUUCUGAAAUCUUACAGGCUUUGUAAAACCAACAGUGAGGGAGUUUGAGAUCUGUGGGCUGAGACAGUGGAAAGAAGGGAUGUUACUAAUUAUUUGUGCAUCUGGUUGUUCAGUUUGCCCACACACUUACAGUACCCCAUGUCUGGCACUAUUGUGGUGGUGGUGUUUUCAUUGGGGUCAUAGCAAUGUCUCAUCAGCACACCACAGAAGCUCCUGGAAAUGGACUUGUGGUUUUGACGUGCCUUGAUUAUGAAUGGUUGGGAGCCCCACCAAAAGAUGAUAAAGCAUUUAAGCUUGCAAUUGAUUAGUGCAGUGUUCUAAGACCUAAUGGUUUCUGUGUCGGCCAAGUUUGUGAUCAGUGUGAGAAGAUGAACAGUAGACCCAUCAAGCUAGAAUAGUAGUUCAGUAAGAAUGACUGCAUGAUUGCAAUAGCGUUGUAUAUUUAUAAUGCCUGCAGCAGCACUCGUAACUGUGUUUUAACAGUUUGUGUUUAAUGAGCUCCACUGAGAUGUUAUGGAGGGGAUGGUUCAAUCCUAUGAAAGAAUGGAAGGAGUUUGCGGAGUUGGAGCUUGAUGACUCAGGGAGGGUCCCAGCAGGUUGGAGGAAGCAAAAUUGUGCUCCCAAGAAAUGUCAUAAUACAAGGAAGGGGCCCGUGAUCCAAAGAGUAAGCAUCUGGAUCCAGAGGAGAUAUCAACUGGGUUGACAAGGAAGUGUUCAUCCCCUGUGGUAUCUGAUGCCUCUCGUCAGACUUCUCCUAGUGUGGAGCUGCCUUUGGUGCCGCCUCCUGUCAGUGAAGAGCUUCCCCCUUCUAUGGAAAUGACUGAGAAUAAGUCAGAUGCUGUGCUGGUGUCAACUCCUUUUCUGUCUCCAUGGAGAUGCCAGCACAGACAAGCUUUGAAGGCCCAGCCCACUCAUAGGAAUCUGAGUGCCCAUUUACUUACCCUGUCCCAGGACUGCAGCUGUUUGCUGUGCUAAGAACUGUGUUCACCUCACUAUUCAAAAGGAAGAUGCAAGGGGCACAUUGCUUGUUGGAUCAAAGUCUUAGCUGGUGCUUAACCAUGUCGCUAUAAUUUCCUUGCUCCUGCUAAACCUUGUAACCAGUGCCUAGCCUAUGUACCAAUCUGAUUUACGACUUUGGAAGAAACAGAGCUGGGAGUGUGAUUUCUUUGACUGUCACUUGUCAGUGAGGGCCCAGGAUGUUUCCUAUUCGUUUCAUGUUUAUUCAUUUCAUGUUUAUACCACUUUAUAUUUUUAUGAAAAAAACUCAAGGCGGCUAACAACGCAUUAAAACAUCAAAGUAUACAUUCAAGGCAACAUAAUUAAUAGAGAACUAAAAUAUUACCUUAAAGAUUUAAAAAUAAAACAUUGCAAAGGAGGUCAACUACAGAAUGCACAUCUAACACAGCAAAGAUAUCAAAAAAAAUCAAAAGAAAACAUUACUAAAGGAAGUCAAGUAUAAAAUGUGCAUUUAAAACUGCAUAGUUAGCAAGAGAAUUAAAUAUUUUCAUAAGCAUAGAACAUAUCUACUGGGCCAUGGCUGUGGAAGCUCAGGCUCAAUGACCUGGAUCUGCGCUCAGAGACAGCCAAGAUACCAUCAAAAUCACUGCAAGUCAUGCUCAAUCUCCUCAUCCCUUUUAAAAGCUUUUAGUUGCAUAUAUCUGGCACAUUUCUGAUUAAUACAAACAUUUCUGAUUUUCUGCAAGACUUAUAUCUUUAAAAAUCCUUAUGGUGAUGCAACUACACUACUGGAUGACCUUUUGGUAAUAGCUUUUUUGCAUGCAUUUCAUGACAUUUAGAAAAAUUAUCUUGACCAAAUUUUAGCUCUACUCAUAGAAAAAAGUUAAUUCAGCAGAGAGAAGAAAUACCAGCUUGUUCCCACCGGUAUUUUUGAAGGCCAACACUUUCAGGAGACGCUAACUCAGAAUGCCUUGACUUCUGACCUAUAACGCCAGGCAAAUAGGUUUCUUCUGUAAUUCUAGACAUGCACAUUCCAGAGAUGUUGUGACCUGUUAAAUCUUCAAAUCUCAAGGCUUACCCAGUUUUUUGAGGCGAAUUGAAAGUGGUUUCUUACAUUAGUUGUUGUGCAGGAUCCCGGUGUCCUCCCUCAAAGAGCGCUUCUGUGGGGAAAUUAUAUUUUCCCAGUACUGCAUUUACUUCAUUGGGAAAAUGCAAUCUUUUUCUUUCUACCCUCACCAGACAACUAGUGAUGUGUAAACUGCCAUUGAACAAGAAUUGUAGACAGCUGUUGGAUUGUGACCUUGACUUUACAAAUGAAUGUAGCACAAGUUCAUCUAAUGCCUCCCCUCACUAUUUUGUAUACACUUUUAGUUUCAUUUUGCUUUGUAAAAGUGCUUGUGUCGGCUUUUUGUUGAAGAUUUUCUCCUGACUUUAUAGAUUUUUGUUAUGUCUGAGUGUUCCCCACUUCUAGGGCUGAAGUACACAGCCUGCAAUUUAAAAACAAAUCCCAAUCCUUCCCUGACCUUGGCAAGGCUUCUUACCCUGCUGUAAGCCUGUUCCUCCCUUACCCAAUCUCCUCCAUCCAUUUUGCUUGGCCUAUAAAUGAUGCCAUUGUCUCAGCAAAUGGCAAAAUGUAGCUAGAGCACAUUUUGAAUGAUUAUUUGGAUAUGUGUCUCCUUUAAUCACCUUUGCAAAAUAGAGUCUGGCCUGAAGAUGUCUAGAUACGCUCAGAGAAUAAGUCCUUCAUGCAAAUGCUAAAUAUUCUUAUUUGGUCAGAAAAUUAGUGCCUUCGCCAUCGCCAUUACCCCCAGGAAAACUCUGCAAGUUGGAUUUUCUUUGUGGUCUGCAGCAUUUCAGGUGCUUCUUUGGUCAUAAGCAUUUAAAAGUCACGGACAACUCUGGAGUUGCGGCGCUCAUCUCGCUUUACUGGCCGAGGGAGCCGGCGUUUGUCCACAGACAGUUUUUCCGGGUCAUGUGGCCAACAUGACUAAGCCGCUUCUGGCGAACCAGAGCAGCACACAGAAACGCCUACUUGCACUUUGGCGUGCUUUCGAACUGCUAGGUUGGCAGGAGCAGGGACCGAGCAACGGGAACUCACCCUGUCGCGGGGAUUUGAACCGCCGACCUUCUGAUUGGCAAGCCCUAGGCUCUGUGGUUUAGACCGCAGCGGCACCCGCGUCCUGAGCAUUUAGAUCAUACUUAAUCAGGGUAGUUGUCUACUCAUGCCUUCUGGCUUUUCUCUUUGCUCUCUCCCUUAGGCAGGAAAGGUGUGCUGUUACAGCUGAAAACCUGAAUUAACAAAAGUUGCUGACCGGAUACUUGGCACCAAGCCUAGCUCGUGCUUUUGACAAACACCUGUCCCCAUGUUCCCAUGUGGUGUGUUUUUUUGGGGUGUGUGGGGGGGAGACAUGGUUGCUGUUGUUGUGUUUAUGAUUUGUCAGUACAAUUCUGAGUGCCUAAUCAGUUUACUAAUACCAGUCUGAGCCUUCCCAUGCUUGUGCACAGGAGAAGUACUGUCACAGACUUGAAGUAGCCCAAAUAUACAAAAAAAAUCGGGGGGGGGGGGCGACCUCCAAAAUAGCCCAGUAAUAAGUCAGCAGCACAGAAUGUUGAGAGACUGAGAGAGAGAGGUGGGGAAAUUGAGAAAAGAGGAGUAAGGAAUAGAUUACCUAUUUAUUAAGCAUUCACCCUGAUUUGCUCAUAUAAAGCUGACACAGCAGUUAAAUCUGGUUUUAUUGAGCAUUCAUUCUGAUUCAUUUGUGGUGCAGUUAUACAACAAUUAACAUUCACCCUGCAUUUAACCUGAUUGCUUGAGGGGUUUCUCUGUCAUUUGAAACCUAAGUGUCAGACUGGUUUGAUAGUGCUCUCAUCAGAAGCAUUCUUUAUGGUCGGUCAUAAUGGAAACCUUGCAGUGUACCUACUACUCCAACAGCUUUCUGGUUCUGCAGAAGACCUCUGGACUCUUCUCUUUUUUUCCAAUGAUCCAUUUUAGACAACUAGACAAGUCUGCACAUUAGAGAGUAGCAGAGAAGUUUCUCCAAGAUGAGGAACCAGAAAGAAAUCAACCCUUGUACACAUGACUCCACCCCCCAGCCAAGCAAAUGGAAAGUGAUCUAAUGUAAAGUAUUCCUUUAAAACAGAAAUAAUGGACAGACAAGAUCCUAGCAAUUAUCUAAAUUGUACAUUCACUUGGUGGAUAAAAGAUGUAGGCCACAAAUAUCUGAAAGACCAUUAUGCGGUCAUAAACUGUGUCUGGCGGAAAUCCGGAUGUAUGGCAACCCAUGUCGCUCAACAGCUUUCCCAAACGUUGUUCAGAUUUUCACUUUUUGAAAUACAGUUUAUCUCGGGUUAAGUACUUAAUUCGUUCCGGAGGUCCGUACUUAACCCAAAACUGUUCUUAACCUGAAGCAUCACUUUAACUAAUGGGGCCUCCUGCUGCUGCCACGCCGCCGGAGCACAAUUUCUGUUCUCAUCCUGAAGCAAAGUUCUUAACCUGAAGCACUAUUUCUGGGUUAGCGGACUCUGUAACCUGAAGCGUAUGUAACCCAAGGUACCACUGUAUGGCAACCCCACCCAGUGGCGUAGCGUGGGGGGUGCAGGGGAGGCCGGCCACACCGGGCGCAACAUCUGGGGGGGGCGCUCGCGCUCGCAGCUCUCUGCCCCUACCUGGCUCACUCACUCUCUCUCACUGCAGUGCUGGCUGUGUGAAUCCGAUCCGAGCCGCUGGGUCGCCGCCCACUGUGGAGGGGGUGGGUGCCAGGCGUGCGGUGCGGAGAGAGAGCGAGGGACUAUCUGGGGGAGGGACAGUGCAGCGGCCGCCCAGCGCAGCGCUGAGCACGGGAGAGGACCACACCAGACCAGACCAGGCACCAGCAAGAAGAAGCUGGCAGCGGCGGCAGGUUAGGGGUUAGGGGGCGCAAAUUACUUGCCUUGCCCCGGGUGCUGACAACCCACGCUACGCCGCUGACCCCAUCCCUUCCAGCCCUACAGACCUUUUAAGAUAUGCAGAAGGGGCUCUCAUGGGAGUUCAGUCACUCUCAGAAGUGCAGAAUAUGUGGCCUGGGAGAGGGCUUUCACUGUGGCAUCCCCUAAACUGUGGCACUCCUUUCCCACAGAGGUAUGUCUAGCACCUUCAUUGUGUAGCUUUCACGGCACCUCUUUACUCUGGGCUUUGACAUUUAAGAUACAGUGGUACCUCAGGUUAAGUCCUUAAUUCGUUCCGGAGGUCCGUACUUAACCUGAAACUGUUCUUAACCUGAAGCACCACUUUAGCUAAUGGGGCCUCCUGCUGCUGCCGCGCCACCAGAGCACAAUUUCUGUUCUCAUCCUCAAGCAAAGUUCUUAACCUGAAGCACUAUUUCUGGGUUAGCGGAGUCUGUAACCUGAAGCAUAUGUAACCUGAAGCAUAUGUAACCUGAGGUACCACUGUAUUUUGUUUUGUGGGACACACCACUUUUGCUGAAUUUAUAUUGUUCUGUUCUGGUUGGAAUGGGUUUUCUUGUUUUUGCAAAUUUUAACAAAUACAGUCAUACCUCGGGUUAAAGACGCUUCAGGUUAAAUCUUUUCAGGUUGCGUCCCGUGGUGACCCGGAAGUACCGUAAAGGGUUACUUCUGGGUUUCACCGAUGCUCAAAAUGACGUCGUGUGCAGAAGCAGCGACCCGCAGACGCAGGAUGCGUUCUGCUCAGGAUGCGAACGGGGCUAUGGAACGGAUCCCGUUUGCAUCCAGAGGAACCACUGAAUUGUUCUACCUCUACUCCACCUUCCGCGAAACUAUGGUGAAGGAUGGGUAAGAAAUAUUAGAAAACAUUGAAAAACAAACAAGCAAAUGAUACUUGUACUUGUUAGUGGAUGAUAAAAGGUAAAGGGACCCCUGACCAUAAGGUCCAGUCGUAGCUGACUCUGGGGUUGCAGCACUCAUCUCACUUUAUUGGCCGAGGGAGCCGGCAUACAGGUCAUGUGGCCAGCAUGACUAAACUGCUUCUGGCGAUCCAGAGCAGUGCAGGGAAACGCCGUUUACCUUCCCGCCUAUUUAUCUACUUGCACUUCAUGCUUUUGAACUGCUAGGUUGGCAGGAGCAGGGACCGAGCAACGGGAGCUUACACCGUCGCGGGGAUUCAAAGCGCCAACCUUCUGAUCGGCAAGUCCUAGGCUCUGUGGUUUAACCCACAGCACCACCCGCGUCCCUAGUGGAUGAUAUAAGCCCUUAAUUAAAUGGAAGUUAGUUUGCUUCAUUAGAUUUUCAGUGAUGUGAUCUGAUGUUCUCCAAAGAACGCCACAGCAGUGCCACAUCAAGCUGGUUUCUUUCAGCAAAAAAGUAAUUGGUGCAACUCCAGCCAAACACCAAAGUCAGAACUUUUCUUCACAAGCAACUUAUUACAUAAUAAAUGCACAUUGUUGUUGUUUAUUCAUUGCACACAGGUCCACAUCUCUUCCCUCUAGUCUGUGUUUUUCCAUCAUGGAAUGUCAUAUUAUCCCAGCACUUGAAACACAAUAUUUUGCAAAGCCUCCCUUCAGAUAGAACAUUAAUUCCUAGCAUGAUUGCUCUGUCGCUGUGCAAAUGCUGUAGGCCUCUGUUGGGUCGUAGUAUUUGUGAUGUUUAGAAUGACAGAUACUAACUCUUCUUUCUCCAUGCCUGCAUUAUUUUUAUUUUAUUAUGUAUUUGCAAGAAGGCUUGUAAACAUAUUGCACAAAGGCUUUAGGAAGGGCCUUGAGGAGGUUCUUAAGUUUCAUAUCAAAGUUAUUUUGGCAUUCAAAGUACCCAGGGACCAGAUCUGCAACUCAGCCAUUCAGAGCUGCAGUGUGCCAUUGAUAUGCUUAUGUUUAAUUUCCUCCGUUCUGUCAAAUCCUGAGUUUACUUGAGGUCGGGACACUGUGAAGCACAGAUACCUGUUGUAACCGGUGGCAAAAUUGCAGUGACUGGUGGAAUCAAUAGCUAUGGCUUCCAGCCAGAUGGCCAUAAGCCCAUGCCAUCUUAUUGCCUAGCCAGGAGCUGUUCAGAGUACUCCAGCAUCAGUUGGUUGCAUGGCAGCUGUGUAUACCUGGGGUUUGCAAGGACUUUUGCCCCUUGUGGUGGCAUGGAAGGGGAGUCACACCUCUGUGCAUUGCACCCUGUGCAUUGCACCCUAAUUACCUCUCUAAGGUGCAUUUACAUUUAGAUAAAAGGCUUGUGUUUACAGCAGUUUACAAGACGUAACCAAAGGCAUAAACCUAUAUUUUAAUAAUUGUAGAAAUAUCAUACUUCCCUUGUCUUAAGCUUUGGCAUAUAACAUCCAUAGUCUUGUCCCUGCCUGUAUGGCUUUAACCUUUGUUGUGUUUUAUUGUGUUUUGGGUUUUUUGGGGUUUUUUACCAUUUAGUUGUUUACUGUUUGUAAGCCCCUUGAAGUAGUGGGUUAGAAGUUACCUUUGAAUUAGGAAUAGUGCAACUGCCCAACUGAAAUGUAGCUGGAAACACGCUUUGAUUGGUUGUCUGGAUAAAUCAGAAGUGAUGUUGUCAACUGCUUGCCCCUUAAGUUAGGGAUGGUUAAGUGCUCAUAUUCACUGCUGAGUGAAACACUGAGUAGUGUGACCCCCCCCAUCCAAUGGUGGAUCCUACUCAGAGUAGGCUUAUUGGAAUUAAUGGGCCGAAGUUAGUCAUGGUCAUUAAUUUCAUGGUGUCUACUCUGAAUAGUACUAGCAUUGGAUAAAACCCAAUGAGUUUAUAUUUCAGGCUGAAGUUACUGUUGUGGAAUCAUCCUGUUAAACACAAGCAGAGAUUCCCCAUUGGGGAAGACAGAUAAAUUCUGUGCCUGCUCGUGCUAUUUAUUUCUGAGGCUCAUAAUUCUGAAUUAAGUCUCCCGGGUCCAAUAUGCCAUGCUUUGAUUGGAUAGAACAUUACCUGCACAUUUUCCUUUUUAGUAAGCCAAUUGCCAUGAGCCUUGUCUUUAUACCUUUACACCAGAUCUUCUUGUGGCCUGUUUUGUUUCGUUUUAAAAAACAGCACACCAGGCGAUCUGGACUCAGGAAAAGAUAACCCAUGUUACUAAUUAACUCAUUUUUUUGCAUUGAGCUCCAUCGUAUUUUUGGAGACCGUCACAUGUAUUUAGGUGAAUAGAGUUCCCCAAAAGGGCUGUACACAGGGCCCCACAGACCAGAAAUAUUUCACUGAAUCCAUUACAGAGCUUUUCUAUUGCCUAAACGUGGCUCUUUUUUUCUUUUACACAAUAAACUGAGAUAGUGAAUGUCAAAUGACAUACAUGGGUUUGUGAACUACCCUUUCUUUCUUUCUUUCUUUCUUUCUUUCUUUCUUUCUGCAACAUUUGUUAAAAAUGUGUUUGUUCUGGUGACAUGUCCAGUAUUAUACAUUUGAAGUGUAUCCCAUUUCUAUGACCCCAUUUUUGAGACUGUAGUUUUCUAGGUUAUCUAUAAUUGCUUUUGCUGUUGCUGGCUAUAUAAAUAUAGUAUUUAUCACAUUUGAAGUCGCGACACCUUUUUUCCUGAUAACUAAUAACUAAAAAGUAAUACUUGACUUUUCCUUGUGAUUUACGGAAAAGGUUUUUUUUUCAUUAAGGCUAAAUCUCUUGGAAUGAAUGGCAUAUUGUCAGAUUGCACUUGAGGAAAGCCAUUGCAGGGGGGAAAAUGUCCUGCAGAAUUUAUAAAAGCUUGGGGGGAAAGAGCGGAUGCCAAAUGACUACUCUGAGUCCUUAAUCUAUCGUCUCCUCUAUUUUUAUACGUAAAAAGGAAAAGACAGAAUGCUGCCGCUAUAGAGGCAUUUUGUUAUUACUAACAGCAACAAAUGAUAUGGUGCAGCAGCAGAUUCCCUUAAAGAAGAUCAUGCUGAUAUGCCCAGCAAAUGAUAGAUUAGGCCGAACUAGAUGUGACAGCCGCCGUUCUGUAUGUUUAAACCUGGAACAGCUUCAGUCACAUAGAAACAGGGGGUCCAGUCUUAAAAGGAGAAGGAGCAAGUGGCUGAAGGAGCUGUGGCUUCUCUCCUCAAACACUUUUCUCUUAGCGAGGGCAACUUCUAAUACUGGAAAUUCUGCUGGGAGAAAAGUUCCCAAAGGGACAGUGCGGGGUGGUAAGCUCUGUGUUUUGGUGGGGUGAGGAUUCAGUGUUCAUUCACCCCCCCCUUUCAUUGCUUUUAAAACCAGAUUCUCCCUCCCACCCCUCUUUCCGUGCCAUUGGGCCUGUCCUGUAUUCAAACACACAAAAUUGUUGAUGUCAUCUAGUUUGAUCUUCUGGGGUAGUUUUCCAAAGUCCCUGCUAGGCUUGGAUGUGAUCUCUCUGUUGCCAUCCGCUCUGAUAUUUUAUAAUGUGAACAGUUUAUAAAUCUUUUAAAAUAAUAAAAUAUAUCUUAUGGAAGAAGGACAGUAAGGUGAUAUGCUAAUUCUUUUGAGCAUUUAACCACUGUUUUACAUUUUAUGCUCUUAACAUAUGUUAUCCAAAUAUUUAUUUUUUAUGUUCAAGGCAUAGUAAUUCAAGUAUCUUCAUGUAAUAAUAAUGGUGAUUCAUGUCCAAUGUGUUUUCCAUGAACCUCAAUCCUGAUCCUUCAUGUAUCAGUAUUAAAGUUGGCUUUAGUAAUUUUAUUUUCAAAAAAUAUGCCUAAGAAUCAUAAAAUUGUAGAAUUGUGGAGUUGGAAACGGACUCUAGGGUCAUCUAGUCCAACCCCCUGCAAUGCAGGAACCUCAACACACACAGUUGCCCGCCAAUUUGAAACCUUAUUGGAUCCUGCUUAGCUUUGUAAAUGUGCUAGCAGUUUUAUUGCUGCACCACUAGGAGGAUGAAUGAAGUGUAAAUCAGAGGAAUACCCUCAACCCCACCCCCACACUAGCCAGAGUAGCUAUAAUGGAGAUAGAGUUAUGUGUGUAAAGUGAGGAAAUGUGCUUCUCGUGUUUGCAAAAUGUACAGUGGUACCUCGGGAUGCGAACAGGAUCCGUUCCGGAGCCCCGUUCGCAUCCAGAAGCAAACAUAACUAGCGACGGCACGUCUGCGCACAUAUGCGUCGCUUUUCGCUGCUUCUGCGCAUGCGCGUGACGUAAUUUUGAGCAUCUGCACGAGCGGCAAAACCCAGAAGUAAUGCACUCCAUUACUUCCGGGUUGCCGUGGAGCGCAACUCAAACGCGCUCAACAUGAAGCAUAUUCAACCCGAGGUAUGACUGUAUGUGAGAAAUCUGAAGGAAGAUAUUACAUCAACUACAUAUACUUAAAAGGAGUAAAGGGUUUAAACAAUAUAUAUUUCUAAUAGGAUCAAUCAUAAUACAUGUUUAAAGAAAAUGGUAGGCUUGAAAAGUGCAUCCCAGCGACAUUCAUGUACUCUUAAACCACAUCAGAUUUUAUGGUUAUGAAAUAAGUGUACAAUUUGAGGGAGCCAAAGCAACUACUGGCCAUUGAGAAUAAGGUUUUGAUUAAAAUGUUGCAUUAUCAGGUUUGUAAGAUCGUGAUAAUUUCCAGCUCCUUUGUGAAAAUGGAGAAUGCGAACCAGUUUUUUUUUCUGGGUGCUUAGAACCACAUGAAAUGAAUGCAGGUUGAUAUAGUGUGAGCUGAACGGACAAAGUCCAAAGCAGUGCAGGCUGUUUUUCUUGGUUAGAGGAAGGUAAACUUGGAAUUGUUUGAUGUGGUAGUGUCUUUUGAAAAAAAUAUAAGGAUUACCAAUACAGUGGUACCUUGGGUUACAUACGCUUCAGGUUACAUACGCUUCAGGUUACAGACUCCGCUAACCCAGAAAUAGUGCUUCAGGUUAAGAACUUUGCUUCAGGAUAAGAACAGAAAUCGUGCUCUGGCGGAGCAGCGGCAGCAGCAGGAGGCCCCAUUAGCUAAAGUAGUGCUUCAGGUUAAGAACAGUUUCAGGUUAAGAAUGGACCUCCGGAACAAAUUAAGUACUUAACCCGAGGUACAACUGUAUUUUCUUAAGCAACACAGCUCUGGAUCUUAUGAACAGCUCAAGACUCUGAACCUGAUGGGGGCCUGGCAGGGUGGUUUGUGCUAAGCAUCAGAGCAGACUAGAGGAGAGGUCAGUUGGAGGACUGUAGCUGUUACUCGGUUCACUAAAAAACAGUAAAGCAUACACCAAUAUAAUGGCAGAUAAGAUGGCAGAUAAGUAGCACUUCUGCAUCAUUUUAAAAACUAGAUUGCUAUAUCUAUUCUUUCAUUGAAAAAACGGAUCAGAUUGUACUAUUUAGAUUAUGAGGAUGCUUUGCUAGCUUUGAAACUGUGGCUGUGAUUAAAGGGAAAAUCUGAUGCGUGCUCUGUGUGUGUGUGUUGUUUUUCUAAAAACCCACGACUCCCAUUCUUGAAUAUUCAGAAGCAAUGUUUAUUUUGGAUUACCAGAGAGGUUAAAAUGUUCGCCUCCUAAGAUCAAGACAUUAAAUUCCCUCAUCUCUUGCUAUUUCCAAGAAAUGAGGUCUUGCAGCACCGAGUACAGUUUUGUGCUCAUCAGUAAGAAGAUAAAUCGUUCUGUUUUUCCUCUAAAGGAGAUGGUUUCUAAAAAUAGAAAUGCUAGAGCUCUCAUGAACAAAAGAAUUCCUAAGAUCCACCUCUGCCAUUGUCCUUCUCUCUUUAUCUGUACUUCUACUGCUUUUUCCUUAACAGCUCCAUAUUUUUAAUACUUCAAAAUUUACCUUUCUUUGUCCCUUUAUAAAGAUUGCAGUUCUCUCCAGCUUCUUUUCUCGCUUUCAAGUGAAACUAGCCUACUUGGUAUCUUUUCCCCCUGAACAAACAGGACCCUGCUGUUUAUCCACCAACAUAUUAAUUUCAUUUUUUUGCUGCCUUGCAAAACACUCUAAAAAAAUGUGAAGAACUUUUGGACAGGCAGUGCUCUAAAACUCCAGAGGUGUUAUCUCUUUUGGCAUGGAUUUCCAUCAGGUUUGUAACAGAAAUCUGGAGAUACUCCAUGUCUUGGCUUGAAGAUGGUGUAUAAUAGAGUCUUUCAUUCUCUUUCACGGACGUAUUGAAGCAGAGGCUGUUUGGAAAAGAUACGCUUCCAUCCAAGUUACGGCAUGGCUGUGCAUCUUGAAUCAAAGUCUGACAGUGAAGAUAAAUGUAUUAUAUGCACAUUUGUUGCACGCAUGUCCUGCUCGUGGGUUUCCCAUGGACAUCUGGUUGGCCACAGCAAGAAGAGAAUGUUGGACUAGAUAGGCUUUUAAAAGGUAAAGGGACCCCUGACCAUUAGGUCCAGUCGUGACCGACUCUGGGGUUGCAGCGCUCAUCUUGCUUUAUUGGCCGAGGGUGCCGGUGUACAGCUUCCGGGUCAUGUGGCCAGCAUGACUAAGCUGCUUCUGGCGAACCAGAGCAGCGCAUGGAAACGCCAUUUACCUUCCCGCCGGAGCGGUACCUAUUUAUCUACUUGCACUUUGAUGUGCUUUUGAACUGCUAGGUUGGCAGGAGCAGGGACCGAGCCAUGGGAGCUCACCCCGUCGCGGGGAUUUGAACCGCCGACCUUCUGAUUGGCAAGUCCUAGGCUCUGUGGUUUAACCCACAGCGCCACCCGUGUCCCUAUAGAUAGGCUUUUAAUGUGGUCCAAAAGAACUCUUUGUAUGUCCUCAGACUAGUGGGAGAGCACUCGGUUUGUUCAGUCCAAACAUAACUGUUUCUCCUGGGACAGGUUUUGGAAAAGUGUUCCAUUCUGCAGUUGUUCAAAGUAUUUCCGUUUAAGUGUGGGAGAUUAAUCUCUGGAUGCCACUGAUUGCCUUGUACACACCUCCUUUCCAAUUCUCAGAUUAGUUUUGCUAUUGGUUUGGGGUUUUUUUAAAUCUUUGAUCUCUGUUUUAUCUGUAUGUGCAGCUUCUUUUUUUAAGGGAAUAGCCCACAUGAAGCAUAACUGGCAAGGUUGAACUUUCUGUUUGACUUGCUGUUAUGUGUUACGUUUGUAUACGAGGCAAGCUGAGAAGUUGGCCUGAAGGCAAACUCACACUGAUAAAAUGCUAUAUCUGUCUUAGGCCUGGAUUGGAACGGGCAACUUUUCCUUCCUAGGAUCAUUGCAAGUGAAUAUCACAUUGAAUUGUAAAGCUUGCCUACAGUUAGUACGAAAUACAAAACCUGCUGUUUUAUUUUCAUCUCUUUCAUGUUCAUUGCACUACAAAUGUAAACAAUGCCUGAUAUAACCGGGAUGCCGUUGCAUUUCCAGUCCAUGAAGGCAUUCAGGUGCAGGAAGGAAUGUACGAAGACUCAGUCACAAAAAUGGAGGGUGCGGAUUCAGGCUUUUUCAGUUUCAACCUGAUACUCCUGUCCUGGGCUCUCCAGUAGCACUUGGUUGACCCUGUAAGCUCUGGCAUUUUGCCAAAUGCGCCUCUUCCCUUUAGAGCCACAUAUUAACAAUAUUUUUAUUUGUAGCAAUGUAUGUCAGCAAAAAUAUUUUUUAUUUGUAGCAAUGUGUGUCAGCAAGAUGCCACCAUUCCUUCCACCUGCCGGUACUCUCAAAACUGUAGAAAUUGCCUCAGCAAAUCCUCUGCUGAGUUAUGGCCAAACUCCAACUCUUUUUCUCCCGAGCACUUGUUCCCUGUCAAAAUAAAUAACAGCGUCAGAGAGCAACUUUUCUUAGAAUUACAGCAGGGGUAGAAGGGUUGAACUCCCAAUCUGUGAUCCCAGUAAUUCCCCCCCCCCAUGCUAUUUGUUGAAAAGCAAAACAAAGCCCUGUCCAUUAAAUGUGAAACACAUAUUCAACAUCAUGUGUAGAAAACCCUGUUGCUCCACCAUUUGGGGACAAAAUGGGUGUGAAAUAUACAUGCCAAGUUUGGUUCUUGAAUCAUGUUAAAACCACCUUUAGUUAGUCCAGUAUAUGACUUCUGUAGUUCCUCUCCUUAAGCCAUUUUAUAAGCAGUCAGGUUCUGGCAAGGAAAGGACUCUUUGAGGAAAGAGCCAUAGCUCAGCAGUAGAGCAUCGGAUUUACACGAUGAAGGUUCCAGGUUCAGCCCCUGGCACCUUCAAGUAAGGCUGGAAGAGACUCCUGCCUGAAAUCCAGGAGAGCUGCUGCCAGUUAGUGUAGACAAUAAUAGGCUAAACAUACCAAUGGUAUGACUUGGUAUAAAGCGCCAUCCUAUGCACUGUGGCUUCAGCAACACACAGUUUCCCACUGCAGAGCAUCUUGCUGGGAAUUUUGUAGAAUUAAACCAGAUUACAUUGCACUUUGGCAUAGAAUUGGGUCCUAGAGCUGUGUAUGGAUUCUAACAAAAGAAAGUGUUCAGUGGAAGCUUUGGCCAGAUAUUGGUGGCUGCUUCCUUUUGCCAACGUAACAGAAGAUUGGGAUGAAUCAAGCCUGCAUUCCACACAGAACUGGAAGUGCCUGAGUGUGGACAAAGUUUGAAGCAUUCAUUGCAAACCUAGCAGGUCAAGAUAUACUAUCAUAAUGUGUGCUUUAGCACACCCUCCAUGUGUUACCAGGUGUAAGCAGGGCUGUGUGUCUCUCACAUCCACUCCUGUUUUCUGCACAAAAGAAAGCCAACUUUCCAGUGUGGAAACACAAAUUUCUAGUGUGGUGGUCCAGUCUGGCUCAAGAGGUGGUAUGGGGGUUGGUGGGUAGGGUGACGUUAACUGUUUGUCCACAGCUAUGAUAUUGAUUUGAAUCUGGCCAUCUGCACCAGCAGUUUGUGUGGGGUGGGGAGGAGAGAGAGAGAGAGAGACUCCCUUUUGCUUCAGUUGAAAUUAUCUCACUUUGCAGAGGAAGCAAAUUUGUAUUUUGAUAACUAAGGCACUAGAAUGGGUGUUUGUUUGUUUUUUUUAUUACUUAUAAGAUGGAUUCUUGGACGUGCUUUAUUUUACAUCUAUCUUGUUUCAUUUUAAACUGCUUAACUGCUAGAAUGAUUGUAUAUCAAAUUGUUGGUGCUUGGGAUUAAACAGUGUGGGUUAGAAAUCCCAUACUAAUCCAAACCCGCCCUGAGGAAGGGACACAAACUGGGUGGGUUUAGUUGCUUGGAAAGCUUUAUAGCUAUAACAUUACAUGUUUUGUAAAGUACACUUGAAGCCCCGGUAUGCUGCACAAGUCAGGCAUAUGAUGCUACUACCUUUUCUCUCUUGCAGAUGAGCCCAAUCCUUCUCCUUGUUCUGUUGUCUCAAACACAACUCGCAAGAAGGAAGCCUGGUAAGUGUUGAAAUUGCUAGAGGAAGAAUUACAGGGCUUGGCAUUUUUAAUCUCUGUGGGCCAGUUCCCAAGGUCUUUCAUUUGUAUUGCAACAUCAAGCUUAGUAUAAUACCAUUCAAUAUAACAUGUGUGCCUUCACUCAUGUAAUCCUUCCUGGAAAAUUUCCCUGGGUUCUCGUUUUGAAGUGGGUCAUAGUCAAGUCAGAGAAGCUUGCUGUUCAGGUCCUUGGAUCAAUUGAUAGAACAUAUACUUGCCACUUGAUUAUUGAUCCUGGGACUAUUCAAUGCUGAGCAAUGAGCAGAUGGUUAUAAACAUAACAAACAAACUUGAAAAUAAAAUCUGAUAAAUCAGUGAGACUUGUUGCCUAGCAAAGGCACAUAAGACUGCAGUGUGAGCUCAGUCUCUAGGCCUUUAUGUUGCAUGAAGCUUCAACCAUUCAUUAUCAGAUUUCUCUACUCUUCAUUGUUCUAUGGGCUUGGCAGAGGAUAUGUUGGCUCCGUUAAGUGCUCUUGUUUUCUUUCCCUGCCAUCUGGGAUGACCUUGGCCAAGGAAGAUGUUGAAAGUACUUGCAUUAUGGAAUUCCGAUGAAGUGUAUAGUUCAUUUCAGACAAGUCUGUUUUUACUUUAGCCCAGAGAGAAAACAAUCCAAACAUAGCUUCUACUGAAAGAAGUUAGCAUCCAAAAGGCGCAAGGAGUCUAAAAUGAAUGAGUCCAGAGAUUCAAUGGUGUAAAUUGAAAGUACAAAAAGUAAAACGAUGAUGGAACAAUGGCUAGGAGGUGGGACAGCUUCAGAUCCAAGUGGCAUGUUACGUUAACCAAACAUUUUUAAAAUCAUGGUUAGCGCUGGGCAUUUUCUCCCCCCCCCCCCCGAAAAUGUAGACGUGUGAAGCUCUAAUCUGGAUCUGGACUGUGAAGCACCACAAAAGUAGUGUUUACUGCAAGUAGUGCUUUUGGGCAGCCAAUAGCAGAUGGGGAGAACAGGGGUUUUUUGUCCGAAAAGGCAUGGAGAAAAGAGAGUUAGAAAACAAACCUGCUGUACAGCUGCUUUUUCUAAAAAAAAAGAAUCCGGGAAGUGACAAGCAUGUUUAACAUAACUUGUAUUUUGGCCCUGUGACUUUGCUCCAGAACCAUCAUGGCAAGUUUUAUAUCUCUUUAAUGAGGUAAAUGGUAGAAAACAACAGCAACAAAAAACACCGCUAAUGAAUAUGGCUCAUAACCCAAUGGCAAGUACUGCAGAGUCGCUUAGCAAAAUUAAGGCUGUUGCCAGUGCUGGAAAUGAAAGGUUUCUUUUGGAUAAUUGAACAAUAGUAGAAAAUGGGCUGGUUAUGAAGGGACAAUGUAAACUUUAGAUAGCAUUAUCUAGUUAGAAAGAUAUACGAAGUCCUGUCUCUUUAUGAUGAUAAAGUGACUAAAAUUGGCUCUGAGAGGUACAAAAAAUUAAAAUUGUCACAGUCUAUGCCUUCCGGUUUAAAAUAUAAAGGCCAUACUAUGAAAAGAGAAAGAUAUAUAAUGAGGGUAAAAUAGGAGAAUUCAGAAAAAGCCAAUUUUAAUACAAAAACUUUCUGGUUACAUAGUAGCCAGAUAGAAUAGCCACUGAGGUGAAAGUGCUAAGAGAAGGGGAUCCAAAUGGCAGUAGCCACCAACAGGUUGAGCUGAUAGAGUAGGGCUUUGAGGUGUUGUGUUGCCUUUUGUGAAGAGGAAUGAUUCAUCUGAGAAUGUUGUUGUUUGAGUGAUGGAAGUGCACAGGGAGAUGUAUAUAGGCAUUUGAAAUGUUGCACGCACACCAGUUUUCCAUGCAGCAGCAAAGGGAGGGCUGUGUAGAAUGCAUGAUCUCAGCUGUGACUUAAGAGUCAAUAAAUAGUUCAUGAUUAUAAAUGCAUAUAUCUUUUUAGAGCAACAAUUCAAUACAUUUCCUGUAGCUGAUUUUUGUUGACUGUUCUUUUCAGCACCAAGGCAGAAGACCGUUUAAAAUCCAGGAAAGGCUGUUACAGAGCAAAAUCUAGGGGCUCAGCAGAUCAAAGAAGCACGACUGCCUUGUGGCAUUGCUCUACACGGGAGACAAUGGGUAGUGUCUCCAAAAAAGAAAGCACUUUAGAAAGACUCCCUGGUUUGAAGGAUUUAGCAAGCUCCAAGGAAGCAGCACAGAAAAAUAAUUCUUAUCCAAAGGAACCCACUUCUGCAAUGGAACCUAACAUUAUAAAAACUGUGCAAAAGAAUACGGAUGAUCUAGAAGGGGAGCUUGAGCCGUUAGACCCUGGCAAAGCAGCAGUGGAAACUUCACCACCCCCUCCUGGAGCACAGACUGUUAGUGGGGAUGAAAGACACCAUAGCAAUGAACCAAAGCAGCUAGAAGCCUUCAGCAAAGAGCACUUAGACAAAAGGCAAAGGUUGGGAAAGAAGGGCUUUCGGAGGCUUGACUGGCUUUCUGAGCACAAUGAGGGGCUAAGGCCUCCCUACAGAAAUGUAAAUAAGCCAACAGAUGUAGCAACAAACCUGGCCGUUAGGGGACAGUCUGCACGAGAAGCUUCUUUGUUAGCUCUGCCAGUAUUUAGAAAAAUGCAAAAUCCUCACGCAAGUAAAGCAAGGACUGUUGAGAGUGCACUCUCCCCCAGGAAGGGGCAGGCAAUGGACUCCGAUUUAGCCGAAGUAAGUUCUGCGAACACUGCCGAGUGGGCAUUACAGAUGUCAGGGCAUCAGACAGCCACAGACCUUUCUGUCCGCAAACAUGCUUGGACUGCUAAUGCCGGAGAUGCUUCGGAACGUGUUCCUCUGAGGUCUGUGGAAUCUCCUUCCUGCAGCACCUAUGAUGACACAAGACCCUAUAUGUGCAACGCCCUGGUGGAGGAGCAGGGGAAAGAUGGCGCAGCGCAGGAAGAGGACCCAGCUGUGUACACCUGCAUUGAAUGCAGCAUCUAUUUUAAGAUGAAGGAACAUUUGAUGGACCAUAUGCUUCAGCAUAACAGGGGACUAGGGCUGGAUGAAAGCAGAGAGGGCAUUGGAGGUCAGUGUCAGUUGACCUGUAGUGAAUGUGGAUGGGCUUUUGGGGACAUUGGUUCUCUAGAGCAGCACAGGAGACUCCAUCAGGAGUCCAGAGAAAAAAUCAUUGAGGAAAUUCAGAAGCUCAAUGAAUUCCCAGAUGAAGGCCGUGAUGCCAGGCUACAGUGCCCAAAGUGUGUGUUUGGAACCAACUCCUCUAAGGUGUUUGUCCAACAUGCAAAGAUGCAUGUCAAGGAGAGGAAAGAUCAAAGUUUGAAGAAUGUGAACUUGUUUGGCAGUUCCAGUGGUAGUGAUCCACGGGACAGCUCCAUGCACAACAUAUAUAGUAGACAUUUCAGGCCAAAUGAUCAUGUACCUCAAGUGGCGCAUGCACACAGUAGCAACAAAGGUCUUAGCACUUGCAUGCUUUGCAGCUUUCCAGCCCCAAAUGAAAACAUUUUAAAAGAACACAUGAAAUAUGCUCAUUCCCACUUGUCCUGGAACAUGGAGUCUUUUGAAGCAGAUGUAAACCAGCCUGGAACUAGUAGGGAUGCCUACAGCCCUAGCAGGUCAGGCCGAUUUUCAGAAACUGAUUAUUUGAGCAAAGCAGGCAGACAUUUCCCCCAGUCCCACUGUGAAACCACGUCCCACUAUGAAUCCCUUCAUGGCUUCACAGUGGGCCACCAGAGACUUAAUAAAAGCAAUGGCACUAAUAAAAAAGAAAUCCCAAUGCCUGGGUUUCGGGCUAGGAAACGAGCUCCCUAUAGCUCUUCACAUAAGAUCUUGUCUACUCUUACCUCAGCGAAAGCUUAUUCUCCGCAUGCCCUGAAACAAAUAAGGAAUAAAAGCACAGCACCGCCACUUGAGACUGAGAGAGAGAAUGCCAAAAGCCACCCAGGUGGGCUGGAGGAACUCCAGCACAAAUGGUUACCCAUAAGCGAUAUUAGGAGUAUGGAAGAAGAAUUCCCUUUAGCAACAGAAAUAGAGUUAGCAGAGAAUAGAUAUUUCAGGCCUGUUGCUAUUCCUCAAUCUGCUUUGGACCUCAAAAGGAAUUUCAGGGGCACUUUGAAGGCAACAGAUUAUCCAAUAGCAUCAGCGGGGCAGCAGCAUCAGUUACGUCACAUGGUCCCCAUUGUUCUUGUUGAUGAGAUUAAUAUUUAUCCCAGAAAGAUGAAGCGGCCCAAGAUGAAGAUUCUCAAGAAAAAGAUGUUGCCUCCUUCCCAAGAGUUUGGAAUGGAUGAAUCCCUUCCCUUAGGCGUCUUCCUAUUAGAUUCCUCUUUAGAAAGCUCCUUAGAACUGGAUGACCUUCUGGAUGCAGAUUCAUUGAUGCUGAAGAAUGAGGAGAGGAAAUGCCCGUACUGUCCUGACAGGUUCCACAAUGGGAUUGGCCUAGCCAAUCACGUGCGGGGCCACCUGAACAGGGUGGGUGUGAGCUACAAUGUCCGUCACUUCAUCUCUGCAGAAGAAGUGAAAGCUAUUGAGCAAAAAUUUUCCUUCCAAAAGAAGAAGAAAAAAGGUAGUAUGUAUUCAAUUUAUAAUUUUUUCAAUUUUUCUAAUAUUUUUCAUUCCUUGAAGAUGGGUAUGUAUGUUCCCAUAUUUUCCCUCUCAACAAUAGAUGUUAUAGCAUCUUUGCAAUGUCUAGUUUUCAUAGUUUGGGUUUUUUAAAAAAAAAUCAUGUUAUCUAGUGGGGGUUCUUUGAAAGCAUUUAUUGCCUGUUCUUUAUGUUUUACUAUGACACUGAUUAUUAUCCCCUCUUUCACAGUUGCAAACUUUGAUCCAAGUACUUUCAGUUUAAUGAGAUGUGAAUUCUGUGGGGCUGGCUUUGACACACGUGCAGGAUUAUCCAGCCACGCCCGAGCUCACCUGAGGGAUUUUGGAAUCACUAACUGGGAGCUCACCAUCUCACCAAUUAACAUUUUGAAGGAGCUACUAGCCAAUUCAUCAGAAUACCCUAUGCUUCAGUCUGCACUAGGAACAGAUCCUUCAUCGCCAAAUCAGGAGAGAGAGAUGCUUGGGUUUGGGCCCUGCAAAAGCACGACCCCCAUAUCUGAAUGCAGCAUUUCACAAUCACCUUUCUCCCCGUUCCCUCCUUCCUGGGGAGAUGAGCCCAUGCAGCCCUUCAGAGAUGGUAAGCAGUUUCAGAAUUUUACAUGCAUCCUGGAAACAGUACUAAUCUUAGUAAGCAUGCUACCUCCUUAACCCUGCCUGGUGAUAACCUUUACAGAACAACCUGAAGGAAGUGAUGGUGAUUAUUAUGAACUAUAGUGAUAAGCAGUAGUAAAACACAGGAUUCAGACAUUUCCUAGGAGCCCAUGGAGAGGAAGACAUCUGGAUGUUCCAGGGAGAGGAUGGAUUCUGGUGUCCAUCUUGCCUUCCAUUAAUGUGUUGAGUGUUUAAUUGAGAUUUCAUGCAGUGGCCCAAGUCUUCCCAGAAGUCAUAGACUGGUCUAAGUCCUACUUCAGGGAAGGCUUUUGAGAUAAUGGAGUGUAUAUAUAAACACACACAUGUCUCAAUAAAAGACAUAGUGUGGGAGCAAAGAGAAGGAAACAAAAGUGUCAAAGCCUAGAACUGGUGUGUGGGUGGGAAUGAGAAAAAUAUUGGGUGGAAGUGAAGAUGAAAGAGGAACAGAGCAGAAAAAGAUUAAGUCAAAGAAGAAUGUCGUAAAGGGGGUGGGAUAGAAGAGAAAAUAAAUAAUGAUAGUUUGUUAAGUGAGAGGAUUGAUUCUAUGGGAAGUGGAUGUGUUAACCAGGACCACAUAGGAAUGCAUAUGAGUUGCGUAACAUUUUUCUUCCUGAUCUCCUAGGCAAAUCACCAGACCAAUUUUUUAAGCAGCCAGUCAUAACUAGGUGCUCAGGUUUUGCACCCCUGAUUAAAAAGUAGACUGCAGAUCAAAAGUAAUGACUAAUCUCUCUCCCAUCUAUAGUAGAAUCAUAGAAUCAUAGAAUCAUAGAAUCAUAGAAUCAUAGAGUUGGAAGAGACCACAAGGGCCAUCGAGUCCAACCCCCUGCCAAGCAGGAAACACCAUCAGCCCUGACAUAUGGGCCUCGAAGACUGAACCACUUGGGCAAUUCACUGUCGCAGCUCCUGUAGAAGUUCUUCUAAUGUUUGUGGAAUCUUCUUUCUUGGUUUGGAUCAUUGUCCGUCUUCUCUGGGCAGAAACACCUUCUCCUCUAUGACAUCCUUUUUAUAUUGAACACUAUCAUAUCACCUAACCUCUUUCAGCUAAAAUGCCGCCUGCCGUCUCAUACACGUUCCAGCUUUGUUGCCCUCCUCUGACACGUUCAGUUUGUCGCUCUGAAGUGUGUGCAGACUGGACAGUACUAGGUGUCUGACCAGAGCAGUACAGUGAUAUUACUUUGUCUAGAUGCUAUCUCUAUUGAAGAAUGCUUGUUGCUGUCAUGGUUGGGUAGACUCCAGUCCCUGUACUGCCGUGUCCCAUCUGCUAUUUUCUUUUACAUUCUGUUAAUUCAUUGUCCUCCAAUUAGUAGGAAGUGUUCAGUUAUUUUCUCCAGUCAUAAUAUGAAGUUUGCCUCAAAAUCUGAUCUAAAUCUAAAACAAAUAGGAAAAUACAUCAUGUUGCCAUGUCAUAUCCUUGCCAUUCGGCUACAUUUCAGGCCAGCCUAUUCUGACUUGGGCUACCCCCAUUUCUAACUGUGACAACUUAGGUUCUUACUAUUAGAUUUUUGUCUGAACAGCUUGUCUACUCUGGGUGUGGUUCUGAGGUUUUCUCACUGGAAAAACUUUCAUGGUGCAGAAAGAGACUCUACUAAAGUUGUCAUGGAUGUUACUUAAACGACAAACCGCUUCACAUACACAGUUCUACAAGGGUAUAAUUACUUUCAAUCUCCAUCCCAUUUCUAUUAUUUUGUAUUCUUUAACCUUUAUAUAACCAGCAGUAUUAAACCAUUUUCGGCCAGUAGUCUGAACUUCGUUCAUUGGUUUGAAGAAUUGAUGGAUACUGUUACAUUGUAGGCGCAUGGUAUUUAGCAAGUGACAUAUUUGUGAUCUGUAAUACUAACUAAGGUAGAAAAUAGAUUUCUGCAUAGUUUCAUCUAUAGGACUUGGAAUGUAUUUCUGAUCCCAAAUCCCAUCUUGUAUAUGCUGUUUACUGAAGUCUAAAGAAAAAGGUGUGAGUGUGCAUUGCCACAAAGUGGCCUUGGUGUUAAGGAGCCGAUACAAGUCCUCCUAUCUGUGGAAUGGCAUUUAGCAAAUGCAAGGAAUGCUAAAUGGCAGAUUCAAAAGAAAUUUUGCAGGCAUUGCUACACUGUGAAAUGAAGAAAAGCUAUAUGUUUGGCUCCAGGCACAUAAUGCCUAUCCACAGUCAAGCAGUUCUUGCCCUGUGAGCUGCCUGGAUGAGAGACUGCUUGGAAGCCAUAAUUAAGUCACCCUUUAGAAAAGCAGCAGGGUAUAAAUGCAAUAAAUAAUCAAUUAACAUGUUUACUAGCCCUCAAUAUAUCAUUCAUUAUAUACAAGCUGCCAGAUGGACGUUUCUGCAAAUAAAUGUUUUUAUCUACUGAUAAAAAGCAACGGAUGGGAAUAAUGGUGUGCAUUUCUAACUCUUAUGAGUUAAUCUAUACUAAGAACUGUGAAAAAUCAGCAGUUGGCUUUGCAAAGUGGAGACAUCAUGUAGCUAGAAAAUUUGCCUAAACACACAAACAACUGUCAGAAACUGCAUAUGGUGUCAUCAGCAUGCACAUACCUAUUAAUUUACCUAUCAAUUUACUUAACAUUCUUGCAGUACUGAGGACAGCAAUACAGCCUAUAGGAAAUUAUGGUGGAGACUGUAAUGGAAAGCUGACUGCAGAAAAGUAUCAUGCUGUGUUAUAGGAAACCAAACAUUCAUGGAUUUCUGUUGCUAGUCGAAUUCAUUAAGGUUAGCAGUGACAUGAACAAAAUCUUUGAUGCCUUGUCAUUCUGGAUGCAUUCAGAAAUGAAAUAAAACAGCUAAAUUGGCAUUAUUUACUCAGCUCCUAGUAAAAGAGAAGGUUACUGAAAACAAGGUAGGGAACAUGGACCAAAAAAUUACUGGAUGGCUUCAUAAACUUUCCUGAUUUGUGGAAGAAGGAUUGCAGAAUUCAGUGGUGCCAAGAUCACCAUGCUAUAAAAAGAAAAAGAAAAACCUCCAACAACUUCCCUUGAUGGAAGCACUUGCAAGUCUUCAUCUCAAAAGGUGGUUGCAUUUGUACAUCAUGAAAGGAACAGGUAUUGGGUGCUAGACAAAGGCCAGGGGAUUCUCAGAUCUGUGUAUGUCAAAGAUGUGUGGCCCUUCAUAUAUUGCUGGACUAUAACUCCCCUAAUCCCUGACCUUAAAGGUAAAGGUAAAGGGACCCCUGACCAUUAGGUCCAGUCGUGACCGACUCUGGAGUUGCAGCGCUCAUCUCGCUUUAUUGGCCGAGGGAGCUGGCGUACAGCUUCCGGGUCAUGUUGCCAGCAUGACAAAGCCGUUUCUGGUGAACCAGAGCAGCGCACGGAAACACUGUUUACCUUCCUGCCGGAGCAGUACCUAUUUAUCUACUUGCACUUUGACGUGCUUUCGAACUGCUAGGUUGGCAGGAGCAGGGACCGAGCAACAGAAGCUCACCCCGUUGUGGGGAUUCGAACCACCGACCUUCUGAUCGGCAAGUCCUAGGCUCUGUGGUUUAACCCACAGCGCCACCCACGUCCCUAUCCCUGACCUUAGGCUAUGCUAAUACAGGAUGAUGUAAAUUGGAAUGCACAGCAUUAGGAGGGAAGGCCAAAGAAGGAGUGGCUGCAGCUCUGUCUCCUGUAAAAGCUGAUUCCUCCCUCAGAGUGAAGCUGUAAUCAGAAAUAAAAGCUGCCAGUCAGGAACAUGGUCAUCUGAGGACAUAUCUUUAUAUAAAACCUUCUGGUGCUUCUGCUUUCACUACUAUAAGCAGUUGUGGAAGAUGAUCCUCUAAGAACAAGAAGGAUGUAACUCUGCUGCAUACUGACAGCCAAUAUAGAAAGUAGUUUAGCCUAACCUGACUAGAGUACAGAGAAAAAUGACAGCAUUUUCAGACAGCAGUUACAUUAUAGCUUUAUUAUGUAAAAUAUGGAAAUACAAUGAGACUAAAGUGACUAGGAAGAUGGAGUCCGAUGUUAGUGAAGAAAGCAACUCUAGAAUGUUUUGCUUCUCCUCAUGAAAAAUACUAGGAAUUUAUUCUCUUCUUCAGCUCAGUUUUCAGUAAUAUGUUGAACAGUUGGGUUUUCUGUAGGCAAAAUGGAGAUCUAGUUUGAAACCAAUGCUAGCCUGCAAUUAGAAAAUUAUAGCUCAUCCUUUACAAAUCAUUAUUUAUCUUAAUGCAAAUGCCUUUUGCUUUAAAAUAUUAUGAGUAGGACUCCACUGAACUUUAUGCUCUCUCUAAUUUAUCUGUAUCCAUAAAAUACAGACAUCUCUAUAUUUUCAAGGCCUUACUAAGCCAAGCAACACCACAAAGAACAAGAUAAUUUAUUUAUUUUUAUUUAAGCAAGUAGCAUUGGUUGAUUAGAUUUCUGGCAGGCUUUUAUGUAAUUUGGAAGCCUGGGGAAAUCUCCCAUUUGGAUUAACCAAUUCAUUAUAAAUCUCGGGAUAAAGUGGAUUCCUAAUACAUGCCCAGAGUGUAUAAACCCUAGAAACAUGGGGAACAAUGUUCCUCUUCUUAAGAAGUGGUUUCUUGUGGGGUAUUUUUGUUUGUUUGUAGAUAGCGAAGGUUUUCAAAUAUAGACGUUGUGAAAGUUCAACAUUAAGACACUUCUUUUUGGAAGCUAAUUGUUCAUAGGCUCAAAUUCAUUUUGUAACCUUAGCAAAGAAAAAGAAUGAAUUUGUGAUUUUAACCAUUCUUUCCCAGACCAGCAUUGUGUCACUCUGUCUCUAUCUCUGCAUUUUUUGCCAGCCACUGGAAGGUCGUGUACAAUGAAACUUAACUGCCAUGCUUUCUUACUCCCCAGCCCCCGGUGACCUAAACCCUUCAUGGAUAUAUUUUGAGGCAUGUAUUUCAGAUAUCCCCUAAAUCUGCAUACAUAGAUGGCUGGGUCUCUAACUCGUGCAAAGUCUGUAGAUUCCAAAGAGGCAUGGACCUUGUUUUGAGUGGCAUGUGGGCUAAAAGCAUCUUGGUCAUUUUUUAUUUUAUCAUCUGGACUUCCUAUUCUUUUUUUUUUUUUAAUGAUAUUUAUUGGGGGAAAAAAUUUUAAAUUACAGAAAAAGACAAAGCAGAGAAAGAAAAAAAAAGAAAAAAAGAAAAAAAACAAGCCACAUCCAAUAAUACAAAUUCAAAAAACAAAAAUACACCACAAACAGAUAAAAAUAAAACCAUCAUUCUCAAAUCUUCAACUUUCAUUACCUUCUUUCUUUGACCUCCUCCUCCUCCCUUUUUUGUAUCCCAGUUAAUAAUUAUCGCAGCAAAUCCUUUCCAUAUUUCAUAAUAUUCUGUCAUUACAUUACCUUAAUCUAUUUUCAUCUUAUCUUAUAAAAAACCUUAAAACUUAAAUCUUAUUUUUACCCACUUCUCAUAACCAUAUGGACUUCCUAUUCUUAAUGCUGACCCUAAACUGUAGCAUUCUGGUUUUAGAUAAUUUCAUCUAACCGCAGCCAAUUAUUUUUUUUACCUCUUUUUUCAGGGAGGGUGUCAAUUCUCACAAUGAGAUAAUAUAUUUUCUAGAACUCUUGAGUUGGUACUAUUGAUAAAAUCCCUUUCUUUGGCAACAGGAAGUGAAUCAACAAUUUUCAAAGCUUAGUAAAAAUGUUGUAACACUGCUGAAGACCCAAGAAAAUUACAGAAUACAAGGUUGGAUCAGUGCUGUUAAAACAUAUAUGGUCUAUGAGCCCAGCCUGGCCCACAAAGUAUAUUCUGUCCAUUCUACAGCUGCUAAAAGCAUAUGCCAUUACAGAAGAAGGAAAGAGGACCCCUUCCUAACAGUUUUAUUAAAAUCAGUUGUCACUUUUUUAUGCACCUAGUGCUGGUGAAGAAAAUGCAUUAUUUGCCUGCUGAAAGGUAGUUCCUUUUUUUCUGUCCCUAGGCAUUUGCUUAGUGAUGAGUUCAACCCCCAACUCACGUUAGUGGAGAUGAAAAAUAUAUGAAUACAGUUCAGAGAAAUGAAAAUUUAAAUAUAGGAAUAGAAAAUUUAGAGAAAUGUAAAAUAGGGCUUACACCCAGAUAAGCGGGAUUAUGAUUGCAACAAAAGAGAGGCGAUAUUUGCAUUACAUUUCACUUUCAGAAAAAUGGUCUUCUGAUUGAAAUAUUUCUCUCCCUUGUCUUAUGGCUCAAAAGUAGCUUUGCUCAUCCUGAACUGAUGGAGAGGAUGUUGGAUUUUAAGCACACUUUAGUGCAUAUUUAUUCUUUUUGAGAUGGUUCUUCUUUCUUAAUCUUCAAUAAAGAAGGGAAGAUCUGUUUAUUAGAAGAGGUGCAACUGAAGCAAGGAAUAAAAAACCAGGAUGGAAUUUACUGUCUUCUAUUAAACUGUCACCUUUCUUUGUAUCUAUGACCUGGGCCCCUCCAUUACAAAUGGGUUUGGAGCUGAAAAAAGCCUAACUGCAAUGCAAGGAAGUGUCCAAAAUGCCAAAUCUGAUUGGGAUUUAAGGAAAGACAGUCUUCUUUAGGCAGUUGAUCCUUAUAAGUGGAUCUGAAGGAAACCCUGUUUUCUCAGCCUUGAGAUAAAAGGGGGCUUUUCAUAAAUUACAACUUAUUUUAUGUAUCUGUUGUAAUUUUUAAAAUAUGUUGUAUUUUGAUUAAUCUGUUACCUUGCUUUGCUACCUAUGCAGGAGCAAUUGCUGUUUAACUAGUAUAUAGAUUGAGGUUGCAACUGUGACAGCUACAUCCUCCACCACUUCAGUGCACUUGAGUCAUUUUGUAGUUUUGGGCUAGAAAACUGUGGCCAUUCAAGUAAGUGGUUUUGCAGAUGAUGAAAUAGAAAAAAAUGUUUUUAAAACUGUUCCUUCAAGAUGCAGAGCGUUUUUAUACACCUCACGUUGCUUGUCUGCUGUGAAGCUCUUUAUCUCUCUUUCAGCAGUAUUAUUCUGAAGGCGUUCUGGCCACAGAGUGCAUCUUCUCUCGGUUUUUUGUUUUCCCCACCUGCCCGCUCGCAAACUGGCCCCCUUUCCCUUUCUGCCGCCUCCGUCCUAGCUGUGGCCAGGAGAGUUAGGUGCUCUACUGCUCUCGUCUGCUGGAGCCUUAAGCGCGCGGCUUCCAUCCUUGCUGGCUUUCCCUUAAUCUGUCGUUCGAUGGUGGAGUAGUUUUGCCUGGACCCGUACCCUGAUCGCUUCGUGCUUUUCGCUGCAUCUCUCUGGGCCUGUGGAUUCCUCCUGGUUCGGCUGGGCCGGCUUCUCUUGGGUGGACUCGGCGCUCGACUACUCCACCUGAUCGCGCUCAGUUGGAGUCUCGGCGCUCCGCCGCCCCGCCUGGCUGCCGCCCCGCAUGUGCCGGACCCAAGAUGGCGGCCUCCACCCCCUCGCAGCCCAAAGCGACAAAAGCGGUGGCGGCGCCGCGGCCCCGAGAGGAUGAAGCGAGCGCGGGUCCUCCGCCCGAGGCCGGUAAGUCCCCGGAAGGCGAGGAGGAAGACAUGUCCGUCAGGCAGGAGGGCCGAUCGGGAGGUGUCAUGCUGGAGACCUGCUUUUCCUUCAGCCCCCCCCCCUCGCCCGCCGCCUCCGGGGCAGCCCGGUCUGCGCCUUCAGGGAUCGCGGCGCCUGUCCCUUUCUGGGGGUGGCGUGAGGUCGGGUUGGGUGGCUGGCAGGAGGCAGCGUCUUGCUUCUCCGAGCCGAGUCCGUGGUAGCUUUCCUGUCAAGGCCUGGUAGCCCGCGGCUCUCCUCCUCCUUCCCCGCCAACGGGGCGCCCUGGUAUCUCGGCCGUGCCUUCCCCGCUGGUCAGCAUCCUUUCGGCCGCUUCCCGUUUAGCCUCUGCAGCACCCGGAGCCACUGGCCAGCGCCUGUCACGUCUGGUCCGCGCCCUCCGGCAGCAGCUGGCAAUCGAAAGUGAGACAUUUUUUAAAAAAAAUUAAUAAAGCAUCUUUUGUCCGCUGAGAGAACGGGAAUAAUCCACAUCGAGGCAAACCGGCUCUCGUUUCUUUGACUUUCUAACCUCCCUUGUGGAUACAUAUUAUUAAAGUGAAUUUUGAAAAUCCUGAAAAGAAUGUUACUGACUCGUCAAAAGCCCAAAGUAAGACACCAAGAAUUGGUUGUAUUGCAGUAUGAGAAAUAUGCAUACCUAAAACAUAGGUUGGAAAUUAUUUAUUUUUUAAUGCAAUACGUUAUCUCGUGUCUGUUUUGGCUAUCCAGCACUUUGAAGGUCGGAAUGGCUGACUUCUGUCUUUUAAUCUCUCCAGUCUAGUAAUAUAAACAAUAGAAUACAGUAAUUCUGCUUUAACCUGCGUUUCUGAUUGCCUACUUUGUUGUAUAUUUAAAUAAUUUUGAAGAAUCAAAAAAAAAAAGUUGUAGCUGAUAUUAUCUCUGAAUUAUAGUGAAUUUGUCCAGAAAACAACAGUUGGGAUCAGUCUUACUUAGGAGAAGAUUCCCUAUUCUGCUCAUCUUCCCCAUCCCUAUUUUUUUUGCAGUUUGAGCCUAUGUGUGUCUAUUCAGAAGUAAGUUAUUUAUUUAUAUUUACAUAUAGUAUUACAAUUAUAUUCUGCCACUCUUCCAAGGAGCUCAGGAUGGCAUACAUGGUUCGUUCUCUCGCUACUUUAUAAGGCUAGUUUAGGUAGGCCAGGCUGAAAGAGUGUGACUGGCCCAAGAUCACUGGGUAAGCUUCAUGGCUGAGUGGGAAUUUGAAUCAGAGCCUCCACAGUUUUAUUUGGACACCACAAUCCCAUGCUGAUUCUCUGUAAAAAUAGCUAAUCCCAGGGUAAGGGUGUUUAGGAUUGAACCUUCAGAAAUUCUCAUUGUCUGUUUUGGGCUAAAUGACUUUUUGUAAUGCUACUGUAGUUCUUUUCACAGUACUGUAUCUGUUGUUGGAUCAGAAGAGAUUAGUUUACACUUGGCUCCUUGUCGGAAACAGUUUUAUAUAAUGUUAUGUCACUGUCUUGCUCUGGCAAAAAAUGUUUCCCUGUAUUGAAAAUAUUUAUACCCAUUUUCUUUUGUUUGUAAUUACUGGUUUCUUCAUCAAUACAAUUUCCCCCUGCAUCUAUUCUUGGUUCUUGUGUGUAUAACUACAGUAAAUACCACUCAGUGUGGUGCUUUGUCCUGCAACUGAAAAACCCUGUAACUAGAAAAUAACUAAUUGGUGGUUUAGCUGAUGUGUGACUAUUGUUAUUGUAUUAAUCUAAGGAAUUUGCUUAGCUCAUCCAACAGACAGCGAGUAACCAAUGUUUUCUGUCUUUUUAUCUAGCAAGACAGACUUGUUUAUUAUAAUCAUGCCUUAAAAUGCUAAAACCAUUAAAGGCCAUUAGUGUUGGUUCGUUUUUUAGUGAAUUAGUUAAAUUGUAAUCCUAGACACACUUAAUCUGGAAAAAAGUCUCAUUGAACUCUGCAAGACUUAAUCAUUUGCAGGAAUUAAUCGUUUUUUGCUUUUCUUAACUGGCACUAUGAGGCAAAUGUAGCUUGUAUGGUGCUUAAUCUCUUUGCAUUAUUAAUUUUCCAGCUCAAACCCCAUAUUCUCUUUUAUAUUUUGGUAGUUAUGGCUUCUGAGGAAGAAGAGGAGAUGGUCACUGCAGAGAUGGGGUCACCAGCCCUCCAGAAGAAAAGUUCUCUGGCUGGGUCAUUAGACCAUAUUCCUAACAGAAUAGGAAGCUCACUGUCUCCUGAACCUUCUAGCAAUAAGGCAGAUUCCCAGGAUUCCAAAAGUGAGUCUGUCCUCUGUUGAGGUUGCUGCUGAGCCUUGUCCAUGGUGUAUGUGAUGGUGACAGUCCCAUUAGGUGACUUUAAUGCAGAUCUGAACCCGUUGCUUAUCACUUGUUUUAUAAAGUGGUGUCACUGCUUAUAAUUUACACUGUCUCUUGGUGAAAUAAUUUGAAAGGUUUCAUGACUAACAAAAGUAUUGUUCACAUGAAAAAUAUAGCAAAAAGAAUUCAGUGUGUUUCAAAAGUUUGCAAUGUUUGUGUUAAAUACUGAGAGUUUAAUAAAAUGUUUCUUUUUCAAUAUGUGGUGAAUACAGUAUACAGUAUUUUCCAUUUUUUUGGCUUUAUGUGAAAGUACAUUGUGAGGAACAGCAAUGAGCUUACCAAAUAGCUAAUUAAUGAACAUAUGCAAAUAUGAUCUACCAACAUUAUGUACCAUUAUUGAUUUGGGGGUUGGGGUAUUUAUCCCAUUGCUUGUUACAGUGUACAACCAAAUAGCCAUUUUGUGGUUUUUCUUCAUUUUAAAGGAAAUGUAGAAUAUAUGCUGUGAGGGAUCUUAACUUUCUGAAUUAAUAUUGUAAUGCUUUUGAAACCAAGAAGAGAUAAAUAUUUCUGAUUUCAGCUUUAAAAUGAUCACAAGUAGCCACUUGGUAUAAAUACCAUUUAAAGCAUUUUUACCCUACUCUGUGGCUGAAAAGGCUCACAGCUUACAGUCUAAAAGACACAAUACCAAAGGAAAAAUGAAUGAGGAAGGAAGAGGAAAAUGAGGAAAUUCAGGCAUCAAUUCUUAAGGUUACAUUGUAGCUCUUAUAAUGACCAGCUGGGAUGGAAACAAUUCAGGGAGAAGAGGGGUCUGAUAAAGCUCGUCUCUCAGCAGACAAUCAAAUGGCCCUCCUAUAUUUACCUCUGCUACAGUCUGAUGGAAUAGACUUCAUUGUUUUUGACUGUAUUUGGGUAGGAGAAUCAGGCUGUGAUACUUGAAAUGUUACUGAAAAUAAGAAUUAUAAUGUUUUGUGAACAAGGAGACUAAAGGGGGUAUUUAUAGUGUGGCUUUCACCGACUUAGCAUAAGGCGCAUGUCACCAAUUUUGUGUGAGAACACGGGUCAAAGUGAUGGUUGCAGGGCGGACUAGUAGUUGUGAUGCUGAUUUUUGCAGAAGGAAUUUGACCAUCCAGCACCAUUUUUUACUAAAGCUUAGUGAAGUCAUCUGUUGCAAAAUAAAGAGCCAGUCUAUUUAGCGAGUCCAAUGCUAAACUGAUGAUACCUGGCUUGUUUAUGGAGCCGGGUCCAAAUCAAGAUAACGUGGUGUGCGCUUGUGCUCUACUGACUGGUAGCAAAGGCAGUGUGGGGUUCAGCUUAACCUUGUCUCAAUAAGUCACUCUCCUCUUUCCAGCACCAAACCUCACAACAUGUGAGGUCUGUGGCGUCUGCUUCGAGACCCGCAAGGGCCUGUCCAGCCAUGCCCGUUCUCACUUACGUCAGCUCGGUGUGGCUGAGUCUGAGAGCAGUGGAGCCCCCAUCGACUUACUCUAUGAACUGAUGAAGCAGAAGGGCAAAGUGGACAGUGGCCCCAUCUCUCCAAGUCUUAGCAAAAAAUCUGCUUCUCCCAAAGAAGGGACUGCAGGGUCCUCACAGCCGACACUGCUGCCUCCCAACAAAGCUACGGAACGGCCGCAAGAGGCACCAAUAAACAAAGCAAUCAAAUGCCCUCCAGGUUUCACCCCCAAGAAUGUUGCCCAGCCAGGAUCUCCCAUACUCAAGAAAGUGACACCUGCUCUGCCUGGUUCUCCUCUGCCAAAGACCCCCGAAGACAAAAGCCCCAAGCUACCGCUGAGCCCUCUGCAGAGUUCUCCUAAAGCACAGUGGUCACAACCGGAGGAAGAAGGCCCCUUAAAUCUAAGUGAGUCUGUUUGAUGCUGAUGCUGCUUGUGAACAGGAGAGCUGGCUUGCAGUUUGCUGCUGCAGGGAGCUCUUGUGUUUCACAUUACCUUGUAGCGUGAACCAGUGUAGGGCUGCCCACCCCAAGGCGUAUUUUACACCUAUUGGCUCUGCACAGGCUGCUUGCUUCAUUCGCACAUACGGCAUCUUGUAUACACCACAAUAAAGGGCAUAAAGGACUUAUUGCAUAAGUUUGAUCUCCUGCAAAAGUGUCCCUUCCUCUUUUUAGAACAACUGAUGAACUGUGAUCCUUUAGUGUUGUCCCGAAGGGUUUCUUCCCUUCUCUGAGCUGGGUGAGCAGGAGUUUUUAAAAAUUAUUAUUCCUAGGCACCUUUUUAGUAAAUCUCUUUUCCCAAAAGCAGAAGUUUCCUCAACUGGCUCUUCCCCGAAACCAAUCUCUAAGAGGGUCAGUCAUAUUUAUUUUAUUCAUUGGAUGGGCCACAAAGCCUUCCCAUGUGUCUUUUUGAUUUGUGCCUGGAGAUUUUUAAACUCACUAGUGAAAGUAGGGAUGUUUAUCUCUUGAAGGGAGAACAACUAUAGACACUAUAUGUUUCUUUCCAAAGCCCUGAGCGAAACUCUUAUCAGAAGAAAAGACUGAGAGACCCUCUGAGAUCUUCUGCAUAGCUGUUCAUUUAAAACCAAAAUUCUUAGCAAUCUUUCAGAAUAAAGAGUGAGGAAUUUAGUGCUCUCAGUACCUAAUUAAAAGCAAUUUCUGCUGCAUCUGAGCCAUUGCUUCCUCUGUUGUACAUUACCUGUUUGCCCUUCUUCUCAGGGCCUAUAGUAAGGCUUGUGGACUUGCAGCUGAUGUUGGAGUUUGGAGAUUAACAUAAUCUGUGCUUCUUUUGGGCUAUAAUAUUCAACAGUGUUUUCUAUUAAAGCUGGCAGAAAUGGCACAAGCCACCCAGUAUCCCUGCUUCAGUCUUGUACAGUGUUCUCUUGCAUUGGAGGAAAAUAAUAGAAAAUCAGCACUGCUUCUGCCAUUCCAGUCCUUUUUAAAAGCCGUUUUGCAGCUGUUGCUGGUGAGGGAGUAGUGAGUUCUCACUUGGUCUGUUGAGGCAGAGGUAAGGAGAAUCGUAAAGAGAGGGGAAUUUUCUGGUGGGCUUGGCUCAAGGCACCAAGGCCAGUCCUAUCUGGGGGUGGGGAAAGAUAACAGUGCACAAGGUGUAUAUUGUGGUACCUUCUAUUGACCCAGCAGCAACAAAGUCUGCAGCAUCAGUUGUAAGGAAGUGUUGGAUGACAUCCUGACCUGUCCACCCCACAACUGAGUUCCUGCUUCUUUCAUCAGGGAACCUUCAAUUUAAAAGCCCCUUUUCCAAGUCCCGUUUGCCUUCUUCUCUAACUGCAUUGUCUUGAGCCGCAGAUUCUUAACAUAAUAUUGUGGUGUCAGUUGAGCACUCAAGUCCUUAGAUAUGUUGUGAUUCUUCCUCAAGCAUACAAUUGAAAAACAGUUGCUGAGAAAGUCAACACCAUUUAUACAGCUGCUUCCCAUUCCCAUUUUGAGGUGUAAUCCAUUCCUAAACAUAACUCUUUGCCCCAGGCAUUGAUAAUUUACCUGCACUUCAUAUUUUAGAAAUUGCUGCGAGAACCUUUGCUUUUAUUGUUCUUUGCUUUUAUUGUUUUUUGCUUUUAGGCUCUGCCUUGGCUGAUAAGAUUUUGAACUGUGUUUCAUCCGGUCAGUUGUAUAUGAAAGUGGAGGUUUAUAACCAACAAACUUUGCAAUUUUCUAGAUAGCUUACAUGACUUCUUAGAACAUUCCUGGGAAUUUAAAUUUGCUUGUGACGGAAAUUGGCAUAAAUCUGCAUGAACUAAAAUAAACUCUUAAAGUGGCAGUUCUGCCCUCAUUGAGUAAUAACAGCUGUCAAUUCUGGGUUCAACCCAUUUCUUCCUAAUGGCUUAUACCACACGCUGCUGGACUAUGUAAGAGUCAUAGCACUGAGAACAUCACUGCUGUCCAUCUUUAUUUUGAAAUCAAACCCAAAGCUUAAUAGCGGAUUGAAGAAGCCUCAUGGACCUUACAGGCAUGAGAAACAAUUACAGUUUGGAAAGUGUUGUAUUUAACAUUGUGCCAUUGUUGGGGAUGACCAUUUACAUUAAGAUUCUUCAGUCUGAAGGAUUGAAAUGCUAGGCAAAAAUGCAAAUGCUUUGGACCUCUUAAAUUGACGGUUUAAUUUUUUAAGUCACUCUUUCUGUUUGCCACAUUGCUUUUCCAGUAUGAACCCAGCUGGCAGCUUGAAGCUUUGCUCAGUCUGGGACUAGGGCUGUCUGACACUCUGCAGUUUUUUACAUUGCUGUUUUCCAAGGUUACUGGUGUCUGAAAUGCCUGAUGGUUUAAGCUGAGAUGGAAAAGGCUUGAGCAUCAUGUUUUCAGGAAAGAGAGUGUUUGAAAAUGUGACCUGGGACACUAAAAGGAAAUCUGGUUAAAUGCAAGUCUUCUGAGAGAAUUUCUGCUUAACUGUUAAGCCAGCAUCAGUGGGUACAGGUGAAUAACUUGGCUUUCCUUUAGGGCUGCUUGCUAAAUCCUACUAGGAAACCACUUUACCAUUUCUGGAGUGAGAAAUGGGGCCUUUAGAACAAAAAAAGGAACAAGGUCCUUUUCAGGUUGUAACGGGUACUUGAGACACAUCAGUUGUGUGAUCGUAUCUAUUGUGAUCAAUGUGUUCUUUUUUCCGCAGCUGUAGAUAGUGACUCGGGCAGAGAAAUUGACUGCCAGUUAUGUGGUGCCUGGUUUGAAACCAGAAAAGGGCUGUCGAGUCACGCUAGAGCCCACCUGAGACACCUGGGAGUGAGCGAUCCAGAUGCUAAAGGAUCUCCUAUUGAUGUUUUAAAUGACCUCAUCAAAAGCGAAGACUUCAAAGGCCGCCCUCCCUCUCUCCUCCAUAGCGAGAGAGAAACAUUAGGGGAGACUGGGAGCUCUGAUGGACCCAGCCCAAAGAGCACAGCUACAGCAGCGCCUGCCACAGGCAUGAAACAAGCACACGCACCAAGGCCUUUGGGCAAACAGCCAUCUGUACUCUCACCUCACUCCCCUCCACCAUCCAAGAAGUUGAAGCCACAUGGCCACAGGCUGUCAGCUGCGGCCAGCCUGCAAAGGAAACAGGGUCUUUCUUCCAGUGCGUACUGGGCAGCAGAUGCUGAGAUGGCUCCACUCAAUCUCUGUAGGUUCUAUCAGCACUGGCUCCUGUCCCCUCCUCUUCCUCUCCCCCUUCCUAGUCUUGUUUAUGUGACAUGGAGCUGUACGCUUAGAAAUCCAGGCCCCUUGCCAUUUCCUGCCACCAUGUCCAAUAAGCAGCAAAGGGUUGGGGAAGCAAGCAUUUUGGCCCACAUGCUUUUCUUGCAAAGCUUUUUCUGAAAUGUAUAAUGCAGCUUUCCCAGCUGGCCUGUGCGUGUGCUGAAGUUAACUAUUCCCUGUCCAGGUAUUUUCUCCACGGUUAUAUCUUGCUCUAAAUGGAUGGCAUCUCCCUGCCCCAGAUAGGAGAAGGCUAUAUGGUUGCUCUUCAGUUAAGAGUAUCACAAGACAAGUGUGGAUUCAAUCUGAUCUGCUGCAGAUGGAAGGGGAAUUAAUUAAGCAGUUUGAAGGGAAGAGUGUGCAAUCUUACAUAGCCUGAGCCCUUUGGUGGCCAUUGGUUUGAAACUGACUGCUGCAUUUUUCACAGCACUCAUUGGCUUUGUUUAGCGUCAGCAAAAUGCUCAGUACUGAUGUGUUUCUCCAUGGCAUUUAAUGUCUUAGCAGUUACAGAGCAAGGAAGAAGAUUGCUUCUGCCAUUUCCAAUUUUACCAGGGCUUUAAAGUGGCACUGCGACCCAUUUCAGAGAUGGAGGGGACAACUGCCUCCAGGUGGUGGGAUUCCAGCUAUUUCCCUCCCUCAGUGCAGGGAGAGUAGAUGAGACCAGUCAAAGUGUGAUCUGCAUACUGCUGGCUUUAAAGCUGUUAAAUAGCCAUGGGCACCCCAUAUUGAAUGGUGUGUUUCACCCCUUUGCACUAGCUGUCCUGCAUUACCUAAAGGAGGCUGCAUGGCUCAAGCUUACGGUGGCAAAUACAGAGCACCUGGUGGUUCUUCCCCUGACACACAUUGGGAAAUGAGUCUUCUCUGAACUUCCUGACAGGGAGAAUUAAGGCAUUGAAUUUUGGGACGGGAAAAGGUAUUCAGCAUUUCUCAUUGUGGGAUUUCCUAUUCAGCUGUACAGCAAAUGUACUUUCAUCCAGACGGGUAGCCCUUCGUUUUGAAGGAGACAGUGGGAUCAUGGAGAAGAAACUGGCCUUCAUGCCCGAUUCCUUGCACGCACAUGAUCAUCUUCCUUUGAAAGCUUGAUCAGGGUGUGAAGGAAAGCACACAGCUUCUGGUAUACCUCCUCGCUAAUCUCAUGACAUAGGACCAGCCAUUCUCAGCAUUUUUUAUAAUUUGGCAGCACCUGCUCUUCACUGUCUCCUGUCAUGUAUCCAGUGUCCCCUGCUCUGACCACAUCCUACCCCAGCUUUCAUGCUUCACAGGAAUUGUUGGUGGUUUAUUUUUUUUAUUUCUUUUCCUUUGGCCAAUCUUGUUAAGGUAUCAGCUUUGUCUUGUGUGAAAUCCUUGUGCUAUGUGCCUGCUUCAUACUGCCUUGUAAGGGAAUAACCUAGUUGGUGUCCACGUCACAUCCUGCUCCCUGCCCAAUCCCUUUUUCAGCCUCUGUAAUGGCCUGUCUCUCCUCUCCUCUUUCUCCUCAGCCUCUGGAGCAGAACCUGUGCGGGAUAUCAGGUGUGAGUUCUGCGGUGAAUAUUUUGAGAACCGGAAAGGGCUCUCCAGCCAUGCCAGGUCGCACCUCCGUCAGAUGGGGGUAACUGAGUGGUAUGUGAAUGGCUCUCCCAUCGACACCCUCCGAGAAAUCCUAAAAAGGCGAGCUCAGCCUCGGACCAGUACCUCCAACUCCCCAGCACAGGGUCAGAAAUCACUUGCUCUGUCUGUUCUUGGAGGCUCCCUGGAGUCACGCGGUCCAGGGGAGAGCCAUGUGCCUCCCAUGCCUAAGAAGGCACAGCAGCCAGGGAGCCCUUUGGGGCACUCUCCUACCUCUUCUCCCCCAACUGCUAGAAAAAUCUUCCCUGGGCUUUCUUCUCCCUCUUUGCACAAGAAACUGAAACAAGAUCAGCUGCGUAUGGAAAUCAAGCGGGAAAUGAUGUCUGGGGGACUUCAUAAUGAUUCACAUCUAUCUGAUAGAGCUUGGUCACCACGAGAGGAGAUGUCCCCACUCAAUCUCUGUAAGUGUUAGCAACAGGGGCUGUAUGCAUAAGCCUUUGGUGAUGGGCAAAAAUGCAUGUUGGAAUGGGUGUGAAAGUGAAGAAUUGGGAAUUAGGGCUACAUGAUUUUUUCCCUCAGUAAACAGGGUGCUGCUGCCUAGUAAUCAAGAUCUCAGGUAGCAUCAGUUUUAUGCUCAUGCAUUCCUGCACUGGAGAUUCUGAGAGCUUGUGACCAUGUUGUAUGGAUUCCUUGUAAGAUUGCUAUUAGUGAUUGGGGCCUUAGUACAGUGAGAAACUUUCUGUGUUUCCUCAUUGGCAAAAUAAAUGCAAAUAUUCAGAUACUCCUGUCUCCAAAUGUGCAGUCACUCUAGAACUAACAGAGUGUUGAGAAGCAUGCUAGCUUCGGGCGUGAAGGACCCAGACCUGGAACCUGUUCAGCCUUUAAAUUAAAUGGGUGGCUUAUCAGAUAUAAGUGAGAUAAGUAGUUCAUUUUGUGUGUGUGUUUUGAAAAGCACUGCAGAAAUAAAUAAGAAGGUUGUGAGAGGUGCAUGACUGGUUGCUAAUUACUUGCCUUUGAGUGUAAAGAAUUCUCUGUGCAUGUUGAUUUGUCUUUUGCAGCCUCUCGUGCUGACCCCGUGCGGGAUAUUCGGUGUGAGUUUUGCGGUGAGUUUUUUGAGAACCGGAAGGGGCUCUCCAGCCAUGCCAGAUCUCACUUGCGCCAGAUGGGAGUAACUGAGUGGUCAGUCAAUGGCUCCCCCAUCGACACGCUACGGGAAAUCAUAAAGAAAAAGAACAAGCCGUGCUUGAUAAAGAAAGAGCCAAACACAAUGAGCAUUGAGCUUCCGCAGCCCAUGGGGGAGGAUGGAGCUGAUCCUAAAUCCCCGGGGAAAAUGCUGCAGCCCCUGGCCUUGUCCCCGCUGGGCGGGAGGACUGGGAAACCACACCUUGGUCGGGAGCUUAGUCUGUCACCACUCAAGUCACCAGAAGGCUUCUUGGCACCACUCUCCACUAAGCGCCCGCUGCCAGAUGAGCGGCUGAGCGGCCACAGUGAAGUGAAGCAGAAAACCUACAUCCAGACGGAAUUGCCAUUCAAAGCCAAGCAUGUGCAUGACAAGCCCACUCAUACAUGUAAGUGCAAACCCCAGAAUGGGGGAAAGGGUAAGGUUGGGAUCCUGAUAAACCUUGGUAUUCUAUUUCAGGGCUUUCCCUUAUGAAAUUGAGUUGCUUUCAGGCUUGUUGGGCUGGGAGGGUAGAUGCAACAAUGUACAUAUGGACCUCAUAUAAAAGGUAUUCCACUACAGCCUUUAGAAAAACCUUUUGACGCAAGGCAGUGUCCUGAUAGGUAGGGUUUUUUUUAACAUAUAGUGGGCUUAGAGUUAGCCAACAACCCUGGUGUAGUACGUUGCCUCUUCUCCUUCUCUGGUAUCAGCUAGCCUUUAUGCGUCCUCUGGCUGGUAGAGAGUUAUUUCAUUAUCUUUGGGGAUUCAAACAUUGGACAAGUCAGUAAAUGGUGUAAACUUCCAUGUCUUCAGCCGUAGGGCCAAAGUGGGCAUCUUGCCUACUUAUGGGCAAAGGAUUCUGGGGUUUGGUUUACUUGACUUGUGGGCUACAGGUGAUGGCAGUGCUUAGAAGUUUCAAAGUGGGAUUUUCGGGCUGUUGGUAUUGAUCCCUGAGGAUCCUUUGUGGGGAAAUAAGAGUAGUGCCAUGGAGCAAAUAAGUCCUGGUGCUCUACACUUGAACUGUUACUGCUUAAGUCCUUUACUGAAGGUUUUGCUCAGUCUAGCUCCCUGCCAUUUCUGCUCCCAGCCACCGAAGCCUGCUGUGAACUGUGUGGCCUCUACUUUGAGAACCGCAAGGCGCUGGCCAGCCAUGCUCGUGCGCACCUCAGGCAGUUUGGAGUGACUGAAUGGUGUGUGAACGGCUCCCCAAUCGAGACUUUGAGUGAGUGGAUCAAGCAUCGUCCCCAGAAAGCCGGAGCCUAUCGCAGCUACAUCCAAGGUGGGCGGCCCUUCACCAAAAAGUUCCGCAAUGCAUCUCACGUGCGUGACAACGAUGCUUCUGGGAAGAGGGCUCCCCUGAGCCUGCAGGCAGGCAGCCCUCCACUGGCGAACAGAAGCCUCGGUGGGGAGAUAGUGCCCAGUGAGCCUAGCAAAGCUGUGGAUGGUGGCAGUGGCAGUGGCGGCAAUGGCGGUGAUCGACCUGCAGUCACGUCACCUCUGUCGCUGGUAAAGAUGGAGGAGCAUCAGCAGCAUAACAUAAACAGUGAGUCAUUUCUCCCAGAUUUUCAACACAGGGCCCAUCUGGGUACAAGGCUUUCUGGGCAGUCGGGAGGCCUUCUUGAGGCGGCAGCUGUAUCUUCCUGGGGGGUGGGAGUGGUGGCAGUGAAUGUUCAGGCACCAAUUUAAUUUCUCAGUAUUCCCAAAUUAUUCAUUGGCCCCAAUGCUUUGGGUAGCUUCACCUUUGGCCUCAGAGAAAUUCCUCAACAGACUGGCAAGUAAAGUUCUUAGUCAUGGGGAGACGUUCAGCAUGACAAUGCUAUUCGUGUAGCUUCCCCACUCUCCCGCAUGACUUCUAGACUUUCUCCUGCCCCACCUUUCUUUUCUUCAUAAAAAUGUUUUCACAAAGUUCCUUUUUCAUUCCAAAUACAUCACAGCCAAUGCUGUUUGCUAUAUCCCAGCAUCCUUUCCGAAACAAAUUUCCCCCCCUGUUCACUAGAGUUUGAGCGGAGGCAGGCCAAGCCCGUUGAGGCUCCUCCACCUCGAGAAGAGGAGAUUGCUGAUCUGCAGCAGAAGGUUGAAGAGGUCCGCCAGCCACCUCCCAGAGUGAGACCUGUGCCCUCCUUGGUUCCUAAGCCACCACAGACCUCCUUGGUGAAGUUUGUGGGCAACAUCUACACGCUGAAGUGCAGGUUUGUGCCAUUGUUCCAUUUUGCUAAUGCCCUUUUCUGCAGUGAAAUUUGAAUGGCUUUAUAGUGUGGGCAGUUUGCUCUUAAACCUAUUAUAGGCAACAAUCUUCUUGAACCUGGCCUCUUGGAGGCAGGGCAAGAGAUGGGCAGGCAGCCUCAAUUCCCACACACCCCUUUCCCACAUUCUACUUUUAGAGGGUUUCCCUAUGCGCUUUGAGAUGAGCAAAUCUUCAGCUUGGUUCAAAUAGACUUUUGUGUUCUCUUUGUGCAGGUUCUGCGAAGUGGAGUUCCAGGGACCCCUCUCCAUCCAAGAGGAGUGGGUGCGGCACCUCCAGCGCCACAUCUUGGAGACUAACUUCUCCAAGGCCGAUGCUUUGCGAAGUGGGACCGAUGUGCCUGCGGCACCACCUGUAGCCGAGGCCCAGUAGCAAAGCUCUUAGGAAGCACCAGCAUUCCAGGGUUUCUCUCUUACCUUUCCAAAUGAACAAGAUUAAUGGUUAUCAGAAUGAGGGUGAAAGCAGUAUUUGACACCCUCCCCCCCCCCCCCCGUGCUCCACAGCUUUGCCCACCUGUAAACUUAACUUGGAUUUUGGGUGGGGCGGAGAGUUCGCAGGAACAGUCCCAGAGUUUGAGCACUAAAUUAACGAUGCUGUUUUUAAUGGAGAUGCUCCUUUUUGAUGGAAAUGGUAUUCCAAACUGGAGCUCGCUUUUAUCUGCACAAAAUUAAAACGGAAAUUUCCUUGUCCUUUCAGUGAAUGCAGGUUUCUCCAAAGACACACACUUGUUACAGUGAGGAAACAUGGACUUGCUCUGUUGCAGUUCAGGCUGUGAGAGAUGUGAUGGUGAGAAUUGUGAAUAUGAGGUUCUAGUGAAAGUUGUGAACAUGAGGAUUUGUUUGAGGUCAGACACAAGCAAGUUGGGAGGGUAGACACAGAGCACUUUGUUCUGUGGGAAAGCUGUUGAUUCUGUAUGUGACUCUAGAGUUAAUGUAUGUUUGACUCCUUAGGUGACAAGUCUUUAGUUUCUGUAGACGUUGGAUCCUGUUGUGCAUGUUCACGUUCCCUAACUGUGUGAUGGAGGGCCUCAGUCCCACCUGCAUUGAAGGGGAAAUCAUGGACUCUUUGACCCACAUACAUUUCCCCUUUCCAUAACUUCCCAAUGUCACCUGGUUAGCCCCAUCUGUUUCAUGUGGGACCCUGUAGGGAAUUCAGCUCUGCCACGUUAUGGCAAUGAGAUUUUGGCAAAGGAAUAUGGAUUUUUCCUGUCUUUAGCCUUGGGCUGAAGAAUGGGUAAUGAUGUCCCAUAGAUAACCUCUGCCUGAAAUCAGGGAUGACAUGUCCUGGACAAGCAAGUCCUUUCCAAGGGUACCUGAAGAGUUUGGACUUCUUGCAGGUGGAGGGCCUCUAUGUUUCUCCUUUUUAGCAAGAACUUGGUGCAGUUCCCAAACCAGCAACAGUAGGUCCUACUGGAAUUUCUGCUUUCCUGUUAUUUCUCACUGUUGCUGUCCUCGUCUCUCUUCAUAGAACCUCAACUUUUUAAACUCUAGUUUUGUGUAGAAAUAACAAGCAUUCAUUUUUAUUUGGAUCCCAGGCUGAGCAGAGUCUGGAGGCAAAUUACCUUUUAACUUUUUCAAUGGGCAUAUUCUGGUUAUUACUGUACCUAGGAAUAUGUAUAUUAGAUUAAACCUGUUCUGGAAACAAAAGGAGAA